CUAAAAGGUAUUUGUAUGGGGGGGAGAGGAGUGAGACUUUGUAACUGAUCCCAUACCAGCAUAGGAGGAGUCCUGGCUUACAGUACCUCCCUCUGCUCUCAGUCUAAGUGGAGCUUUAAACCCAGCACUGGGAAUCUCCCAGACAGAGUUACUUAGUAUAAGGGAGUCUUCCAUGCAUUGACAUCCUGUUAUUAGGGAUCUGAUUGUUUGACGGGUUCAUAAUCUGAUUUAUUGACACCGCCUGUCCUUGUCGUGUCACCUCUGCUGGCUUCUCCACCAUCACCACUGGAUCCGGCGUUGGAAGGACACUUACCUGGGAGUCCACUUCGCUUGGCCUCGUAGUAUAAACCUGACCAGCGAGAGGGGCUGUGAUUUAGAGGGAGGGGGACCAGGAUGUCCGAAUUAUCUGUCAAUGACCACCUGGAGGGGAUCCUAUCAGACUUUGAAGGUACGUGCUUCUUUACGUCUUUUAGUGUACAUAACACCAAAGAUAAUCUAGAUUUAUAUUAUAAAUAUGUAAAAGUUUAUAAUAGCACUAUUAAUGCACAAUUUUAUAUAUUUAUACUGUGUUUAGAAGAACAAAUACAUUGAGAUUUCUCUUGUUUUCCAGUAUGACCUGGAGAUGGCAGACAGGUCAAUGUUACCCAUGUAUAAAUGUAGAAAAGAAUCCAGGCACAAAUAGGCAAUGAUAUUGGACCCAAGCACCAAAAAACAACGUUUCGACCCCUUAGGGCCUUUGUCAAUGUUACCCAUGUACACACAGAUAUGAUAUUAUUACACAUUAACUGUAAUGGCAGCCGCAUGUUGAUUUGUAUAUAUCCUAUUAAUCACUUUAUACCUUUUAUUUUAACUUAGUUCCUACAAACCCAUCACUAUUACCCCCCAUGCCUGACAAUUCACAUUGUUCUUUUAUUAUUCUCAAUGCCCCCUCCAUUAGAUUCACCCUUUAUACUAGUUUUAUACACUUCCAAAGCUAAUCAUUCACACACACGCUCUCUAUUAAACACACACUUUCUCACUCCCUCUCUGUAUAACACAAUCUCUCACCCUCCCUGUAUAACACACACUUUCACUCUCUCUGUAUAACACACUCUCUCACCCUCCUUGUAUAACACACACUCUCACGCCCUCUCUGUAUAACACACACUCUCACUCUCUCUGUAUAAAUCACACUUUUUCCUUUCUCUAUAGCACACACUCACACCCUCUCUGUAUAACACCCUCUCUUACCCUCUCUGUAUAACACUCACUCUCUCUAUAUAACUCACACUUACCAUGUCUCUAUAGCACACUUUCACACCCUCUCUGUAUAACACACACUCUCUGUAUAACACACAAUCUCACUAAUUAUCUAUAACACUUAAUCUCACUCGCUCUCUGUAUAACACACACUGUCACGGUGUCACCCCAUCUGUGUAUAACACACUCUCUCACUCUAUCUCUAUAGCACACACUCUUACCCUGUCUCUAUAGCACACACUCACACCCUCUCUGUAUAACAAACACUCUCACUCUCUCUGUAUAACACACACUCUCACUCUCUCUGUUUAACACACACUCACACCCUGUCUGUAUAACACACACUCUCACUCUCUCUGUAAAACACACGCUCACUCUCUCUAUAUAACACACGCUCACUCUCUCUAUAUAACACACACUUUCACUCUCUCUGUAUAACUCACACUCUUACCCUGUCUCUAUAGCACACACUCAAACCCUCUCUGUAUAACACACACUCACACCCUGUCUCUGUAACACACCCUCUCACCCACUCUGUAUAACACACACUCUCAUACUCUCUCUAUAGCACACACUCACACUCUAUCUGUAUAACACACACUCACACACUCUUUGUAUAACACACACUCAGACCCUGUCUCUGUAACACACACUCUCUAACUCUCUCUAUAGCACACACUCUCAAAUGCACUCAAACACUUUUUCACACAAUGACUCUGUCAAACACUCAGUCACUCUCUCUUUUUCACAAUGACACCCUCUUUCACACACAUAGACACUCUCUUUUUUUCCACACACUGCACUCUCUCUCAUUCUGUCCGUGUCCAGACUUUCCAUACUCAGGGCUAGUAGGAAUCUCAAGCCAAUAUAGAUCACCCUUAGCCAUAAUUAAUAAUUCCCAGCAAUAUCUGGUACUUCCCAGCAACUCUGAUAUAGAUAGCCAUUUCUGAUAAUUCCCAGCCAUUCUGAUAUGGAUAGCCAUUUCUGAUAAUUCCCAGCCAUUCUGAUAUGGAUAGCCAUUUCUGACAAUUCCCAGCCAUUCUGAUAUGGAUAGCAAUUUCUGACAAUUCCCAGCCAUUUCUGAUAUGGAUAGCCAUUUCUGAUAGUUCCCAGCCAUUUCCGAUAGGGUAAUCCCAUAUUCUCUUGUAAUUCAUUCAGUGUAGAGCAUUAACAAUACGUAUUGCAGACUGCUAAUUAGUUCAUAAAUUAUAGCGCCGUGAGCAUGCACUGUAUAUGUAAGAGAUUAACUCCAGUGUUACGGACAGUAAAACGGGGAAAAGUUAUUAAAGUUGAACAAUCGAAAUAGAAACCAACCUAUCGAAUCAGCAGGAUCAUAUCGUACAGCGCUGCGGCAUUAGUUGGCACUAUAUAAACCCCCAAAAUAAUUAAAAUAAUAAUCAUCACACUGGUUUCUGUGGUGACUGCACCUCCUUUACAAUGUUGCUGAGAGGUCAGUUAGCGUCAGUUUUGUAAAACUCACCCCAAAGUUAUUUUGUAUCGUUUAUUCAUGUCCCCCUAUGCUUUUAUUUCCAGAUAUCCCCCUGAUUCUUCUCCUUGAUUUUGUCUGCCCACCCCCUUCUCUUACAGAGAGGCAGCCUUAACCCUCUGCAUGCCAGGGCAGUGAGAGCAUAUUAAAUAAGUCACUUGGCAUUAAAGGGAAUGAACCCUUUGUCUAUCAGUGGGGUGCCCAGCAAACCCCCAGCACUGUACAGACCCAGAAUGAAUCUCUUUACUUUAAAAAUCGUAACUCUGCUCUCUGUGUGUUUAGGAAAUAACUUGCUUUCAUAGAUCGCUUGCAAUGUUGGAGCUUACUGGACAGUCCCCAAUGUCCUUUCGCUGUUUCUCUUAAAGGGUUAUUUACAAAAGUGACAAUUCAUAUGGAAUUUAAUUUAAGGCCAAGGUAGCUGAACUUAAAUCAUAGCGGACUUGGAGAAGUUUUCCACUUGGACUAUUUUAACCUUAAAUCUCACAUUCGUGUAAAACCCUACACAGAGCUUAUUUAAAGUGCGGAUUGCGAGCCUAUCAUCCGCAUUCGUAGCUGAAUCCACAAUAGCCGAGUUGGGAAGAUGUCACGCUGGCAGGAAGACUAACCCUUCUUGCCUCUUCCCCUCAAUCUGGAUCUAUUCUUCUAGAAGGACAGUUUGCCGGAUACAGGACACGUGACUGACAAAUGGCCCCUGUUUGAAAGACCAUUUGUAUCCGUCCGGCUCCUGGAAGCUGUGAAGGCCGCAGUAAUGACAUGCUGAGAUGUGUUUAGUAAACUAAGACUCUUAGAAAGUCCAUGUCCUCAUUACAGGGACAGACUGAAUGGGUUCGUGUGUGGAUGAAUAGUGAACAGCUGGAGAGAGGUUACUGGCUUCUGCCCAAUGCUCUGUACAGUAUUUGUCAUGGGGGGAGAUUUAAAGGGACCGUCCAGCCUGGAGGUGCAUUACAGGGGUAGUGCGUUAAAGUAGAUAUGCCUUAACAAUACAUUAAUCAAUAAUAAUAACUAAAAAUAAUCAAACAAGAUACAUUUAAAAUUAAUUUUGCUGUAAAUUCAUUAAAUUCAUAAACUUUGCAACUUAUGCUGUGAGCUUAGCCGGGAACUAAUUCCGCCAAUCAGAGGUGUAACUAGAAACCACUGGACCUCGGUGCAAACAUUGGGCCCCCCGAUUUGUCUCAUCCCCACCCAGUCCCUCCAUGUGUCUGCUUAUGCCCCCUCCCAUUCCCUCCAUGGAUCUCAUUCUUCCCCCCUAGCCCCUCCAUGUGUCUCAAUCUCCACCCAAGCCACUUUAUGUGUCUCAAUCCCCUCCCAGGCCCUCAUUGUGUCUAAUUCUCCCCCCAGCCCCUCUAUGUCUCAUUCUCCCCUCAGCUCCUCUAUGUGUCCCAUUCUCCCCCCAUCACCUCCAUGUGUCUCUCAUUCUCCCCCCGCAGACCCUGAUUGUGUCUCAUUCUCCCCCCAGCCCCUCCAUAUGUCUCAUUCUCACCCCAGCUCCUUUAUGUGUCCUAUUCCCCCAUCCUCUCCAUGUGUCUCAUUCUCACCCCAGCUCCUUUAUGUGUCCCAUUCUCCCCCAUCCUCCAUGUGUCUCAUUCUCCCUGCAGCCCCUCAUUGUGUCUCAUUCUCCCCAGCCCCUCCAUGUGUCUCAUUCUCCCCCAGCCCCUCUAUGUCUCAUUCUCCCCCAGCUCCUCUAUGUGUCUCAUUAUCCCACCAGUCCUCUGUCUCAUUCUCCCCAGCUCCUCUAUGUGUCCCAUUCUCACCCCCAGCCCCUCCAUGUUUCCCAUUCUCCCCCAUCCCCUCUAUGUGUCUAGCCCCUCAUUGUGUCUCAUUCUCCCUCCAGACCCUCCAUGUGUCUCAUUCUCCCCCCUAGCCCCUCUUUGUCUCAUUCUCCCCCCCAGCUCCUCUAUGUGUCUCAUUAUCCCACCAGUCCCUCUGUCUCAUUCUUCCCCCAGCUCCUCUAUGUGUCCCAUUCUCCCCCCAGCCCCUCCAUGUGUCUCAUUCUCAACCCUGAGUCCCUCCAUGUGUCCAGUUUCCUCCUGCCCCCAGCCCCUCCAUGUGUCUCAAUAAAGAAGUUGGAAGUUUCUCAUCAUAUUUAUUGCUACAUCCAGAAACUGCCCACAAUAAGUCAUUUACUGACAUGGCAUUGUCUUCCCCAGAUUUAAGAAAAGAGGGACAGCGGGAUUUAGGCCAAAAAUAUGGACUGUAACUCCUAAAUAGGGACAUCUGGGAGGUAUGCAGGUGUAGUGAAGGGUUAUUAGCAGUGGGUAGGAGCAGUAAAGAGGAAUAUAAUGGGGUGCAGUUAGUGCUUACAUUUUAAGGUUCCAAUUUAAGACCAACUUCAUGGUUAACGUGAUGUAUGAAUGUAUUCACUAAACUGUGAGUUUUAUUCAAUAAACACUGAAUUGUGGUGAGUUUUAAUAGCCGAGCUGUGAUUAUGGCUGAGUUGGAAAAUUCUUCUGGAUCAGCUAUUUUUGGCUGAAUUUUACAAUUCGUUUUUCAUGAAUAAGCCCCGAUAAGUAAUAAUAACAAGCUAUUUUUGGCAAUGUUAUCAGUUUGGGGAGAGUUAACGUUUUGCAGGUCACUUGUCAAACCGCAGUUUAGUACAUACAGUGCACUGUGUGUACAGUAUCUCGAUAUGAAGAUGGAUAAUGAGCCAAGCCUUUCCCCUGCAGGGACAGGGUGAGUGAUCACUCAUUUUCCGAGAGGUUAAAGAUGAAAGAUGCAGGGUGAUCUUUGCCAUGGGAGCGGUUUAUACCCAAGCGUGGGAGACUAAGAUUUCAACUUUCAUCUUAACAGGACAAUACAUGGUUUGUGUUUACCGAGGGUGACAAUAAGAGGCACCAAUACCGUACAUAGAUCAAAAAUCUAGAUCUCUUUGAUAUUCAGCCUUCCAGUUACUUCUGUUUGUCUUUCAAUAUAGUGCCAAGGGCUGCCAGUCUAGAAAUCCUAGCAGAUGGACGGCUAUUAUUUAAAAACAAAAAUGACAGAAGGGAAGAGCUUUAAGGAACACUGCAAACUGGAUUCGAUCCAUUCUUUUCUUUAAUGUUUUAUAUUGAAAGUUCAUCAUUAAAUAUGUAUAUCAAUAAAUAAAAAAUAAUGAUUAAAUAAAUAAAAUAAUGCAUUUGAAUUUCAUGCAUUUUUUUGCGAAAUUCCUGGCUGUGUAGGCUUUACAAUACGCUCCCACCAAACCAGGAAUUGACUAAGCUGGGCAUUGGUUCAGUAGCCAACAAUCAGGGCUGUAUCGCUGAAUCUUGGGAUGUUUCCGCUGACUUUGUACUUUCUUUUGCACUGCUGAGCAUUUCCCACAACGGAAACAGCAUUACAGGCCCAGCAAUGGUUUCUGGGAGUUGUAGUUCAGUGAUUAUAUUACAGCGCUACAGAAUUUGCUGGCGCUAUAUAAAUAAUAAAAUAAUAAUAUUCAUAUUUACCAAAUGUGCAUGCGCGAGGCUACAGCUCCUAUCUCCUUAUCUCCAGGAUCGAACAGUGCCACAUGUGCCCACUACACAUUCAAGUUAGGAUUAAACUGAUUCAGCACCCCCCCCCAGAACCGAGAUUCUAGGGAUGCAGCAGUGACCGCUCUGAGGGCUGUCUGAUAGCUGUGUGACUUUUACUAAUCACUGCAGUUAUAAGACACUUUCAGAGCUGAGCGUGGGGGUGGGGUGCUCUCUGCAGUGUCAAUAUGGCCUGUGCGUCCUUUUAUGUUUAUUUAAUGAAGUCGUAUUUUAGGUAGAAAUACAAUAGACGCACUGUGUACACAUGGGUAGAGGUAUGAUGGUAUACCUCUGCUUUUACACAGCCUUGCUACUGAGCAUUACUUAGCAUUACAUACAGGGUUUACUUACUAAAUAGAGAAUUGCGGAGAAUAAAAAAAAACUACAAAAUUCUCAUUAAGACCUCCAUUUAAUAUUUUUUUUCGGAUAUGUUUUUCAAAUUAUGUAGCAUAUUAGAUAAAUUUGUAAAAUGAUUUAACAUUCUGAAAAAAAUAUAAAAUAUAUAUAUAUAUAUAUAUAUAUAUAUAUAAAUAGUUUCUUAUGUAAUAAUAUAUUUUAUAUAGGAUAUAUUUUGGAUAUUUAUGAAAAAAAAUUCUUUGAAAGUUUAUCCAAAAAUAGUAAGAGCUUAUUUAAAACGAUUAAAAUGAGGCCAAAAAAUAGCUAGUUUUACCAAAAUUAGGUAAUUUGUUUUUUUUAUGUCACCAGAAUUCAGUUUUUAGAAUAAACCCCAAAGUGGCGUUUUUGAGAGAACUACACGUUGUUCUGUUUAUUUUACUUCCAUCAGUCGUGCAAACGCCUCACUGAUAUUCUAUACCAACUUGUGUGUAACUGGCUUCCCUCUAGCUGUCUCAGGAUGGCUUAUCGUUAUAGGAGUUAUCAUUCAAAGGCAGCAUAAUUCCAAGUUUUACGAGCCAUCAUCUGUUGCGAGACCGUCAAAAUAGCGUAUUACAGAGAUAGGAGCCUGCAGCACUCCAACUGCUGGGGAAUGAUACCCAUGACUCUCAGCCAGCAUAGCCCUCUUCACCUACUGUUCCAAUAUGUCAGUCAUGUUUUUUAGAAUAUAGUGUCCGCCUUGUUUACCUAUUGUACGCCGCUGCCGAGUAUGUUGGCGCUAUAUUGUUAAUUGUAAUUGUUUUUCACACUCGAUAUUGUUUUUUUGUAUAACUCCCUGUCCUCUUUAAUCCGAGAGCUCUUUCAAUCUGUAAGUAUAACACAUUUUCUAAUAAGAAGGCAGGAAGCCAAUAGCUGGUGAGUUAGUUAAUUAGUUGUGGUUUCAGGAAGCGUUUGAUAAAAACAGAAGUCUCUGCAAUUAGAGGUUUGGAUAAUGGUGCAUCUCCAACCAAACAUUAUCAGUUCAUUCAGUUCCAAGUAUAGAUGGCAAUGUACUACGCGCAUGUAUAGAGUAUUGCUCAUUUUACAUAAAUAUCUCAUAGUCCAUUCCUUUCAAUGGAAACAAUGUAUAAAGUUAUGUGGGUGCGGCUUCUGUGAAAAAUAGGUGGGGCUUAAUAACAAAAUAAUCUGUGUAUGGUGCAAAAUGGGUGGGGUUUUACUAGAAAUGGGUGGGAUUAACAUGCAAGUAGCCUACUUUCAUGAUAACCCACUUCCAGUAAAGCAAUCAUUAAGACACAUGCCUUCAUUUUCCAUGCUAUAGCCCCCCUUAAAAUUUACACGAGUCUGGUUAUUGAAAAUCUUACAAUAUGUCUGUAUUUAAAGGGGUAGCAUGGUCCCGCUACAAUAACCCUCAUUAGCAAUAAUGAUUUGAAAAAAGCUCUGGAUCACAGCUGGGUUUCUCCACACCUGGUCAUUUGGACUAGAAUUUGGGUUCCUAUAUCCUUAGUGCCUGUGGAAACACUGAAAAAAAGAACGAUGAGUAUAGUUUUCCAUCAGCAAGCUUCCUGUUGACUCCGCUGUUUAUAAAUUUAAGUCCUUUCUAUUAUUUUCAGUCUAUUACUGCUUUAUAUCAUGACCAUAUUCCCAGUCAUUCCCCCAAAUCUCCACGCCGGCCACCAGAGUUAUAAUCUUUCAAUAUGUGGCUCCGUGAUCUCCGUCCCACCUGCUAGGCAUUCAGGAAAAUUCUCUUUUACAAAAUCAGUAACCAUACAGAAUUCUUCUCUAAUAAUUAUACAGAAAUAUUCUUCUUACGUAUUCACUAUACGAAGACUUGUAGUGAAUUGAAAACCACACUGCAACGUUUAGGAAAAAUAUCUGAUUUGGAAAAAACUCAAAUUCAGCUGUAGUCAUAUCAUGGCUGCUUUGCCGUACUUUAUGCAAACGGUUUUCAUUUCACCACAAUCUGGUGUUUUUUGUUGAAUAUCCCCUGUAUGUGUACACACCCAUUGACAUCACUUUGUGUUUGUGUACAUAUACACAUUAAUGCACAUAUUUAUGUAAUACAAACAGAUUAAAGUUCCACAAGUUAAGGGGGAAAAAAAAAUAAAACAUUUUGAGUUAAAGGGUUAAAUAGAUAAAAAUCUCAAUGAAUGUCAUUUGAUUAUAAGGCAGACAGAAAACUUAAAAGUUAAAACAUUGAUUUAAAGCCCGAUACGGCUAAAGUGGUGUGCUCAGAGACAUGUUAUAUCAACAUUCUAGGCGUGUGCGAGCAUGUGUGUUUGUGUAUUGUCAAAAUAACGUCACCUAAAUAUGUAAGUUUGUGUUUGUGCUGCCCUCGGUGUAAUAAUAAGAGACCAGACAAUAUCUGAACACUGAGUUUUUACGCAACCUUUAAUUAGAUAUCUUUAUAAAAGAUCAGAAAAAAAGAUCAGACGUGGUUUUCAAUCCAGUUGCACAGUCUGAAUUUUAAAUAAUUUUACCUGGUUAAGCGUUAGAUUUUUUGGUGUAUGGGCAAUUUAUAUAUUUAUAUAUAGUGGCAGGACUACUUUAAGAGGCCAAUGUAAAAAGACAUUAAAAAACAUUAAUAAUGUACUUUGGAUAAAAUUGUAAAUUGAAAGAGGGUACUGAAGGUGACAAAAUAGCUUUGAAUGGUGUGAAUAUGGACUGGUGACUUAUUUAUUGUAAUUUCUGCAUGAGAUGAAAAUGAUAUCACCUUUAAUUUCUAUGUUUUGUACAUUUGUGGUAACGCUCUGAAGGCUGUAUUUUUUUUAAUUUCUCCUCAAUGCGUUCUUAAUGGGGGUUGUGUGUAAGAGGCGUCUCGGAGCUUCCGCCAGCACAAGAUGGCACUUGUCUUGUCUUUAGUGGGGCAGCAAUAGGUCUGAAUCGAUCGUGGGUGGAGAAAGCAGCAUUCUAUAAACGACUUGUCUUUUUGUCAUGCUUAUUUCUCAGCUGGAAUGCUGACAGGAAAAACAAUCCGUUUUCACAAUUUCAUGUAUAUCGCUAAUUUAUAAACAGGAAAUAUUUUCACAUUAUUUUUCUUUUUAGAAAACCUAUAGAAUGGAAUGCCCCACUCAUUUAGUGUUAGCCCGGCUCUAUACAAUGGAAUGUCCUACUCAUUUAGCGUUAGCUGGACACUAUAGAAUGGAAUGUCCCACUCAUUUAGUGUUAGCCGGACACUAUAGAAUGGAAUGUCCCACUCAUUUAGUGUUAGCCGGACACUAUAGAAUGGAAUGUCCCACUCAUUUAGUGUUAGCCGGACACUAUAGAAUGGAAUGUCCCACUCAUUUAGUGUUAGCCGGACACUAUAGAAUGGAAUGUCCUACACAUGUAGCAUUAGAUAGUCUAUAGAAUGAAAUGUCCUACUCAAUUAGGGUUAACCAGGCUCUAUACAAUGAAAUGUCCUACACAUAUAGCAUUAGCAAGCUUUAUACAAUGGAACGUCCUACACAUAUAGCAAGCUUUAUACAAUGGAAUGUCCUACACAUAUAGCGUUAGCAAGCUUUAUACAAUGGACUGUCCUACACAAAAAGAGUUAGCUGGUCUAUGGAAUGGAAUGUCCUACUCAUUUACCAUUAGCCGGGCUCUAUAGAAUGGAAUGUCCUAUUCAUUUAGGGUUAGCCGGACACUAUAGAAUGGAAUACCCCACUCAUUUAGUGUUAGUCCAGCUCUAUACAAUGGAAUGUCCUACACAUAUAGCAUUAGCAAGCUUUAUACAAUGGAAUGUCCUACACAUAUUGCGUUAGCAAGCUUUAUACAAUGGAAUGUCCUACACAUAUAGCGUUAGCAAGCUUUAUACAAUGGAAUGUCCUACACAUAUUGCGUUAGCAAGCUUUAUACAAUGGAAUGUCCUACACAUAAAGAGUUAGCCGGCCUAUAGAAUGGAAUGUCCUACACAUAUAGCGUUAGUCGGUCUAUAGAAUGGAUUGUCCUACUAAUUUACCAUUAGCCGGGCUCCAGAGAAUGGUAUGUCCUACUCAUUUAGCGUUAAAUGAGCUCCAGAGAAUGGUAUGUCCUACUCAUUUAGCGUUAAAUGAGCUCCAUAGAAUGGAAUGUCCUACUCAUUUAGCAUUAACCUGGCUCUAUAGAAUGGUAUGUCCUACUCAUUUAGCGUUAACCGGGCUCUAUAGAAUGGAAUGUCCUACUCAUAUAGUGUUAGCUGGCCUUUAUACGGUUGUGAACUAGGAUGUGACCAGGAUUAAUGGAUUCAGAUUGUGGCUGAUGGCAAACGUGAAACGUGCAUUAUGGGUCUUAUCACAGAGUUACUUCAAUAACCAUGCAUUAUAUGGACCUACAACAAGACAAAGCUGUACAUGCGUCAUUCAGCAUUACACAUGUUCCAGGGCUUAUGAUAACAUAUGGACUCUGUACAUGUGAUUUUUUAUUUUUUUUUACAUGAUAUUUAAGAUUGCUCUAAAUCAUAGGUAGCAAGAUUCUGCCAGGAGAUGUGUAAUAUUUCAAAAAGUUCUAUGAAGCCGAAUUGGUGGGAUCCCAGAAUUAUACAGUCAAAAGGGUUAAACAAAAAAGAAACUUGUGUAGUUUAGCUGAGCCAGUUAGUGGCAAUAACAUCAGAGGAUGUGAUUCAUUUCUACGGACCAUCUGAUCUGAUGAAGACACAUCUGCAAGCCCAAUAGUUUUGUUUACAAGAAGUCUCCGCAAGGACCAUGUGUUGGGUUAAUUGUUCCCAAAUCUCACCCCUGGGGACUUCUCAUUGUCCACAUCCCUUAGUUAAGCUUUGUUCACAACCGAUCUUGUCUUAAACCCUACAAAGUAAGUAACCAAUUACCAGAUAGACAAAACAACCGCCAGACUUCUCACCGUAGCGUAUAACCGUUAGCCACAGUCCAGAUUAAAGAAACAUUGUUAAACACUAGAAAGUAUUUUUCUGACAAGGGAGACAUAACCACGUCUGAAACUUGAUCCAGUGCUUCUCUGUGUGGGAUCCUUGACGGGAACUUAUUCCUAUAGCUUUUUAUUAUUGUUUUAUAACCCAAACUCUCCCCCCAACCCACAAAAUAGACGCAGAGCCUAGCUCCUGCAUUAAAAUGGCCGCUAAUCCCUCCUAAUUGAGUGACAUUAGUAGACUUUACACAAAUCUGAUCCGAGAUUAAGAUAAAGAUUUUAGUGGUUACGAAGACAGAGCGACCAGGAUGGGGUGUCAGUUACGCUUUGUGCAAACACCUGACCGUGGAAUUUUAACGAAUAGGAAGUGAAAAGGAAACACGCAAAUAGGGGUCUAGUGACUAGACAGCAAACUGUACAAAAUUCUAUGCAAAAUUGAAAAUUUCUGGCUCAAAUAGCCGAGCUGUAACUAUAGCUGAAUUGGAACAUUUUUCCAAAAGAACUCUUUGGCCCUAAACUGUUUUUUUUUUUUUCACUACAAUUUGUUGCUUAAUAAAUCCACUCUAUUUUAAAAAAUAAAAAUAAGAACUAAAUAAAAUGUUAGGUCAAUAUAGCCAAGCUUGGAAAAUAAAUUUUAGUUAACCAAAUACCACUAAUAACAGAUAUAUCCAACCAAGUGCUGAAAUUGCCAACAUAUAUGCAGAUUAAAAGCUAAAUUGUCCUGGGUGCGCAUGCUAUGAGCGGGCACCAUGGUUACAUGUUUAGGGCCACAGAUCAGCAUUGUGAUAAACAGUGAGAAAUUCAAGACAAAAAAACAUAAAUAACUUGUACGUAUAGAUUUAUUUUUCUGCUGGAUAAAGAGGCGCCAUGUCAUAUUUGUCAUGACAGGUGCACUUCAACUUCCGAAAUGUAACUUCUAUUGACUUACCCUCUGGGCCUACACAUUCCUCAGGUUAAGAGACUGCCUUAGGGUGAUCACAUUGUCCUUGUAUUUUAGGAACGCUCUGAAAUUUUGUAAUUUUUUUUUCCAGGCUGCAGUUAUCAUUCUGUGGGAUGUUUAUAAUCUCUGCAUUCUGUCAGGCAGAGUUUGGUAAGAAACCUUUGGGUACGGUCCGCAGCCAUUUUUAUGGAUCAGUUUUUACGGUGUCGAUCUUACCCGGACGCAGAUAGAAAUGAGGGGGUAGAAUGGGGAUGGAGACAUAUGAAAGAGAGGAGGAGUAAAGUGAGAUGUAAUAUUAUUAUUAAUUAUUAAUUAUAGGGUGCUAACAUUCUCCAUUGAAUAGAGAGUUGCAGAUGAGAUCAGGCACAUGGAGUAAAGAGAGGGGGGACAUGAUGAAUAUUCAAAGUGAAUUUCACAUUCAAGGCCAUAGUAGCUGUUUUACAUAAUUUUUCUGGUUCGGCUAUUUUAACCUUAAAUUUUAAAUCCACUUUGCAUUCUCACUUUCACAAAUACCAUGAUGGUAAUAAAUAUUAAUCUAUGCAUUCGUCAAUGAGGAAUGCCAGAGGAGUUGUCUUGAUGGCAGCCCCUCCACACCUGCAGCAUGUGAAUACUGUAUUCUAAAGGGCAGCACUUUUCUUGCACUGCCCAUCAGUAUGAAGAAGUGAUGAAACUUGGUGGAUCUCACAGCUCAGAGUGCAGGUCAGAGACUCGGUGUCCCCUGCAGUCUGCGUGUUGUGUUGGACUGUGGUGGGUGGACCUGCAGGUAAAUAGACGGUGAAACCUGACCAGGAAAAUGAGACACAACACAAAGCCUGCCUGGCUUCUCUCAGAAUUACAGACUAACCCCUUCUACGCCGGAUUAGGGAGGAGGGGCAAGUCAUUGCUUUUAAAGGAGUGAAAAGGGUAACUCAGGGUCUUAACUGCAUUCUGUGGAGCAGACAGGUGUGUGAUUAUAUGUGUAAAUGGAAUAUCUGGUCACACUGAUUAAACAGCUAUCGUGUGCGUGCGUGAAUGCACACUACGCAUUCCAUCACACGUAGACAAAGGGCCAUUCUUGGGGUUUAUUUAACCUGCGCAAUGGCAGAGGAAGAGCUAGCGAUAAAUGUAUAUUGUUAGUAAAAGACUAUACAGUGCGAGAUCACCUGUUGAUACUGUGCAUUAAUGCAGUCAAAAGGGUUAAAUAAAAAAGAAUAUUGUGUCGUUUACCACAUCGGGGUUCUGGUUAAUUCAUUAUAACGUUAGGGCAUGACUAGAACUGCCAUCUUUUCAGCUCACAUGGUGUGUAAACCAUAGCAUGGCGCAAGUUGGGGAGCCAUUAUAUCAGAUUCAUGUAGGGCCUGUGAACCCUGAGAUACCCCAAUACUGACAUUACAUCAUACUCGAUACAGCAGGGGUAAGCAACCUUUGGCACUCCAGGUGUUAUGGACUACAUCUCCCAUGAUGUUUUUCCAGCAUUGUGGUUAUAAGAGCAUUAUGUGGCAUGUAGUCCACAAUAUCUAUUAUAGUGCUAUACCCUGCUGUACAUAAUUCGUCACAAAAACCUUAAUGUGGAUACGUUGACAUUAUCCAUUUUCUGCCCUCGGAGACAAACACAGAGAAGGGUUAAAAGGAAUUGUACUUAUAAAAAUAAUAUUAACACAAUUGUCUGGAGUCGUCUUCCCAGACCUCUGUACAGAAAGCAGGUGAAUUUGAAUCUGACUUGGAUUUAAAAGAUUCAAGCCGUGACUAAAGACGAGUUGUAAAAACACGCCCAGCGUUUUUUUGUCUAACUUUUUCCAAUUUAAUUUUCCUUUCACGACAAUUCACUGGUUAGCGAGUAUGCCCCAUUUAGCGUAAUUAUCUUCCAAUCAUGUCACAUAGCGUGUAAAAUCAACACACAGCACUUACUGGGAUCAGCCAUCUCAUUCUGCAGCAGAACACUUGAGUGCCAUUAGCAUUAAUUAGAAGUUAAUUACUUCUUUGUUUUGGGUUACAUUGUAUGUAAAUUGGGAGAACAGCAAUUUGCUGAUUACAUCAGUUUGAUCUUAGAUUUCUAUAAGCUGAAGGUGACCUUAUAAAACAGGUUUAAAAAAUUCAAGAUGGCUUCUGCGCAGGGUGAUAAAUAUUAAUUUAUUACCACCUCAAACUGUGAUAUAGUUACCUCACCAAAACUGGGAUAAACAAGGAACUCAGCGUAAAAACAAGAAAAAGAGAAAGAAAUAGUGUAGUAUUUUAUUGACAUCAAGUUAAAAACAUUAGAAUUUAUACAUUCACAAGUAAAAAGCACAACGAGUAUGUGUCCCAAAGGCUGUAAAUCUCCCACUAUCCCCUGUCCCCUUUAAGACCAGGAAUUUCAUUGUCUGCGCCAUAUAAAUGAUACUUUACACUGGGAAGCACUUUUCAUGCCCUGUCUAUGAGCAUGACAAAGUAACGUGUCCUGUGAACAUAUGGUAGAAAUGUCAAAUUUCCAUCACCUCUUCGACAGAAAUUAUGUAUCAAAAUUUACUCUUUGAGAACCCUGACGUGGCUCUCUUUUACACCGAAACCCAUCCUUUAAAUAAAUAAAUAAAUAAAUAAAAAGCUUCCCUUCCUCCUCAUUCUGCAUUAUCGCCAUCACCCCACAAACGCUGGAGGCAAGUCUAGCACCAGGUUUAUAAGCAAUUACUUUUAUCCCCUGAUAGGCAUGUGAGGACAAUGUGCUAGAUUUGGGAUACAUGGAAGUGGGAGAUCUCCCCACGUCAGGGAGUCUCUUCCUCCUUAAAUAGGGAUACUUGGCAUAUCUGAAGAGGCGUCAACAGCAGAGGCUCAUGGGAGCUUCAGGACAGGACUGAACGCCACCCCGCUGCAGGGUCAGGAGCAAUGGAAAGUUGUUCCCCCAGGGCAGGAUUUGACAAGAUUCUGACUGGUGCCCCAGAGUCGACCUACUGACAUCCAUCCUAACUCUACAUCAGGCAUGAGGCACGGGAAUGCGAGAUUGACAGUCGUCUCCUAUCUCAUUUAACCUGUUCCCUGCCGCAGGGCAGAAGAUCGAUAGGUUUACGGUCUCUUUUGCCAAGCAUAGGGGAAUACCAUAAAUUAUCAUUCACAUUCAGAUAGAAAAUGAAAGUUUAUAAUCUGGUAUAUUAAUUUCUAACUUCAGGGAUAUCUCCUGCUGUAGCCCCAUAACUUUAUCACUAUACAAUAUGUCUUCAUCAUUUAUUUAAUAUUUUCACUUAUUCUUUUAUUUACAUAAUAUUAUAAACGUAAUCGCUCACAAAAUUAAUUUUUAGAUUGUAAGCUUGUUUGGGCAGGGCCCUCUUCACCUACUGUUCUCAUAUGUCAAACCGUGUUUUGUUAGAAGUAUUUGUCUUGGUUUAUCUAUUGUACCGCGCUACACGUUAUGCUAGUGCCAUAUAAAUCAUUGCAAUUGUUAUUAAUAAACGUGGGGGGUCUCCAUUUGAGCAGUGCGCACGGGCAAUAAUGACUGACAGAGUUAUUCACGAAUGUGAGAAUUGUCGAGAAUUCAAAAGUGAUUUUCAAAAUUUAGACUAAAAUAGUCAAAUUAGAAAAAAUUCCAAAUCAAUUCUGUCUCAGUUUGACUACAUUAGUCUUAAAAUUUGAAAUUCACUUUGGGUUCACUGCAAUUCUCACUGUUGUUAAUGACUUUGCCAGUGAUUAUAGGGUUUCUCUAUAGCUAUUUGCCCUUUGAAAACACAUUUUGUGACGCCUCGCUCCAAAAAAUAAGGUUAUGACGGCUUGUUUAACUCGGUUAUGACAUGUCUAAACUUGCGAGUGCUAAUUUUUGUUAGCACACCAGAGGAAGCACCUUUGCACUUUACCUCUCUGCGAGUACAUUCCUUCCAGAGAUCUAUUAGAAAGAGGAACUAAUCACAGGCUAUUUAAUGCAUGGUUUGUUGAGCAAAGUUAUGGAAACACUUACACAUAUAUUCCUGAAUUCUACCUGCUAUAGGAGAAUCACACAAAGUGUUUUUAUUAUGACAGAUCAGGGCCUAACGCAACAUCUGAUUCUGGUCGUCCCACAAAGGGACAAAAUAUAUAAACAGUCCUGACUCUCGCUGUAAAAUUAGGUUUAUCACUAAAAUGGGAAUUUUGGAGAGCAGCCGAGUUGGGACAAUAGCUAACCCGGAGACAUGUUUGCAUCCUGGCAGCUUUGGCCCAAAGCAUGCAAUUCACAGACAGCGUCCCACAAUUCCCACUUUAGUAAAUCAUAACUCCAAAUAUUUCAAAUAGACAAAGAGGGACACUUUCAUUCUGGGGGCAUGAGGGGGAGUGGGGCUGUUCUAAAAAAGUUUAGGCAACUUCGUGACUCACAAAAAAUAAUGUUAUUUGCUAAUAGCAAUGUAUGUAUCCUAAAAUUUAAUUUAUAACAAGAACAAUGUAUCUUAUUUACACAGACAGAUUUCUAAAGACAUUUAUUGCAGUUUAAAGGCACAUUACUGGGAGUAUUAUUACUGUGGAGCUCUGUUAUACACUCAGACACAUUACUGGGAGUAUUAUUGCUGUGGAGCUCUGUUAUACACUCAGUCACAUUACUGGGAGUAUUAUUACUGUGGAGCUCUGUUAUACACUCAGACACAUUACUGGGAGUAUUAUUGGUGUGGAGCUCUGUUAUACAUUCAGACACAUUACUGGGAGUAUUAUUGCUGUGGAGCUCUGUUCUAGACUCAGACACAUUACUGGGAGUAUUAUUGCUGUGGAGCUCUGUUAUACACUCAGACACAUUACUGGGAGUAUUAUUGCUGUGGAGCUCUGUUCUAGACUCAGACACAUUACUGGGAGUAUUAUUGCUGUGGAGCUCUGUUAUACACUCAGACACAUUACUGGGAGUAUUAUUGCUGUGGAGCUCUGUUAUACACUCAGACACAUUACUGGGAGUAUUAUUGCUGUGGAGCUCUGUUAUACACUCAGAAACAGUAACAAUAUGGAGCUCCUAGAAAUGUGGGACAUUAGGAUAAAACGAGGGACAGAGGAAUUUGGGCCCAAAAUAUGGACUGUCCCUCCUAAAUAGGGACACUUGGGACGUAUAGUAAAUGAGCCUCUGUAUACACAGCUUACACCCACACUUAGCGGUUUCUUUGCCAGCUAACUAUAAACACCAGUAAUCCCUUUGAGCGGGUUCACAAGGGCGUACACUGGUUACCAAGUAUUCUGGAGCUGAAACUGUUAAAUCCGUCAUUGUGAUGGUACGCAGAUCAGAUGACUGCUUUGUUGUUUUGCUUUUUUUGUGGGAAAAUCUGAGUGAUUAGAUCUGGCGGAUCGUGAAGAUAAAAUACAUAAUGUCCUGAGGAUGGCGGAGGUUUGGGGUAUGGAGACCACACACUCUGAUCGCUGGCACAUGUAAUCAUUUCUACAUGCAGAAGUCUGAACGCAUUUCUCACUGCGCCUACGCGGUUAUUCAAUAAAAUCCGUAUUUUAGAAAAUUCAAUCCAAAUGUCAAAAUUUAUGAAAGUCAGCUCUUGGUUAAAAUAGCUGAUUUGGAAGAAUUCACAGUGCACAAAUUUUGCAUCGCUUGUGAAAUGAGUAUUUAGUUAGCUAAAAUCAAGUGAGCCCAAAUACACAUUCUCCUAUUGGCUGCUUCAUAUAACACUGUUUAUCAGCUGAUAUUUCUGGAGGGAAAGCUCUCUUAUUUAUCACACAUUACGCCUUCCCCCAUGCACACGUUUACCAUCUCUCUUUUAUUAACUUAUUUAUUUUUCUCUCUUUUUAUACCUCACUACGGCAUAUGAUGGUGCUAUAUAAUCAAUGUUAUUCACAUUACUAUCCUAUCACUUGGCUCCGUGCUGGUGUGAUUUAAUGGCUGGUGAGAUAGGAUUUUGUUGGGACUUUAGAUGAUAUACAGAAAUAUCCUAAUUUCAGCUGCUGGUGGGACCCUUAUGGCUGCAAUAUCUGCCCACUGCUAAGCUAAACUGGAAUUCGGAUAACAUUUGCCCCCUUGUCUCUCUCGGGAGGGCUGUCUCCUCAGCUUGAAAGGAGCAGUCUCUUUCCUGUUUCAGUAUAUCUGGGAAGGCUAUAAUUGUUUUUGUUUUUUUGUGAUAGUGUUGUCUGUAAUCUUACAGCUGUCUGAUCUUUCUGGGUCCUCUGGCCACCAUAUUUUGUAAUAUCUUUCUCCUGUCUCAUCGUCCCUUUCCUUUAAACCUCUGAUCUCUCGCCUCUGAUCUUAAUUCUGCCUCUAAUUUGUCUCCGUUUCCCACACAUUGGCCUGUAGGCUCCUGGUCUCAUUUCUUCCUUCUGCAAAAGAAAAAAGUUUCUAUUUUACAAAUUUGCAAAUCCUCCAACCUCUGUGCAUAUGGAAUGGUAAUCUUUUAGGUUUGAAGUUAAAUCCUUGAAAUGGAGCUGGCUACUAGAGUUUAUGAAGCUUUUUAAGUCUGUAAUUGCCUUGUCUUUUUAAGCCAAGAAUAAGCCAUCAGUAGGCACGCAGAGAGCCAACCUCAUAAUUAUUUAACUGUCCGUGCCCAGUGCCAGCUCCAAGAUGGCAGAGACCAGAUGUAUCACUAGGGACACAAAGUACCUGAAAUGGUGAAACUUGGCUAAUAAAUCAGGGCUGUACUGCCAAUCCCAGGGCACUUUGUAGGUUUAUGCAUUAAAGGGAUGCCAUUCCAACACUUAUUGUUGUCUUAUGACUUGCUGUCUAGUCUAUAUUCCCACUCCACAGCCCUAAGGUUGGAAGACAUAUAUGUGAAUUCUUCAAUGCUCUGCUGACGUAUAGGAAUUAGUUCAUUAAGUGUAAACUAAGGACCCUUAAAGCACUUUAGCUUGCUGAAAUGCUUUAUAUGUGAAUAGCGUUUCCUCUUUUUAUCAUUUUACAAAUUGUGCAGAUUUCCAUAGAAAUUGGUACUUUUAUAAAUUAACCUUUUUAGACCACCUGGCUGUCAAUCAGAUUGGUUUGGUUAGCUCAGUGAAGCUAAACUCUAGAGGCAGCAAUUGCCCAGAUAACCUGCCUUGCAAAGACUUCUCAUUGAGAAGUCUGUGAUUGGACAGACACAGACAGUGUGGACGGUGUUAGAAGGGGAGGGCUUGCAAAGGCUGCAGACAAGAGAUCUGCAGCUUUGCAAGCUAUUUUUAGAUAUACUCCCAAUGAAAAUAUGUGUAAUUAAAUGCAUGCUUGUUUUCAUUCGGUCUAUAUCUACUAAACAGUGAUCUUUAAAACUGUAUAUUAGAAGUGGAGUGUACUUUUAUGUAGCGGUUCAUAAUGACUUGAAAAUAAGAUGACAGCCUCAGGGUUUCCACAAAACCACUUAGUUAAGGACACCUAAUGAAGUCUUACCUCUACCCAGGUGCUCAUUUACCUAAAAAUCUAGCCUUCUCCACACCAAGCUGUUUCCCUUGUUUAAACGUACCCACGAUGACUUGAAAACUGGCUUGUGAUGUGGGAUAAAAAACAUUUUUUGGAAAAAAAUGAAUCUCCAUUUCAGCAGAAUUUAAGUUUUUUUAUUUCUCCAACUCUGUUUUGAUUUUCCAGCUUGUUAUUUCCCCGUUUUCACUGUUUACUGCAUAGUUACAGUGAAAUCUAAGAUCAAAUAACAAGGGUUGGAAUAAAAUUAGCAGUAUGGAAGAUUUUUUUUAGAACACGAUUUUGAUUUCCACUGUGUGAUUUCAUUCUACAUUUUACAAGUCAGUUUUCAUCUUGCACAAUUUACAGUUUAGUGAACAGACCCCUUAGUGUUACUGUAUGACUUACUCUGGACACCUGCUAAUAUUAGAGGGAUGCCGUGGCCAGCCCAGGACAUGUGCCUGCUUACCCCGUUUUAGCCUCUCGAGUUCCCAAUCCCCUCUCCAUCUGUUUCAUUCCCCUUUCCAGUUCUCGUUCUGUCUCAUUACAUUUUAAUUUAACUUCCUCUCUCUUUCUCUCUCAUCAUCCAAUCACUUUGUUUGAUCUACGAGAGAGCAUUAUUAAGCAGCAGACUAAAUAAACCCCACUCAUAUCUCUGGGCCUUUCGUGUGAUGCCAUGUACUGGGUCCGGAUACAAUUUGUAACACAUUAAACCUUGCUUAUAACACGGCAUAUUUUUCAAUCCCUAAUGACAAACUGCAAUGGCAUUUUGUGUAAUUUGCUAAAAUGCCAAGCUGCGUGAAAUAAACUGAUUAUUUGGAGAUGAACAGACAUUUUUUGUAACGUACAGUAAUGCGCUACAAUGGCGGGUAUCCCCAUGGGUUGAAGGUGCAUUUAUCUACAAUGACUGUCUAGUUACGGAACCCAUACGAAUACCUCAUAACACUGGGAGGUAUGGAACCGGGAUAGGUAGAUUGGGCAGACAGAGGGUAUACCUGUGACAUGGCAUGUGUCACAGGUGAUGCCCAAAGGGAUAGACCAGCCUUAAUGGGAGGUGGGCCUGUCUGAAAAAGGAGCAGGCCACUCUGGACUGCAAAUGGCACACUGACUAGCCCAACUGAGGGUAGCACUGGUAGAGCAUGCAGGACUGUCCCAUUGAACCUGGGAGGGUUGGGAGCUAUACAUAUGAAUUGCUUUGAUUGCUCUGUGCAUCGUGGCAUUUUACUUUUUCUAAUUAAAGAUCAGCUCCAGAUAAAUACGAUAAAAUGUAUUCCUGUUAAUUAAUAUGCUCAGUCACCCUUUGAGUUACACUUGCCCUGUGGCCCUAUAUUUCGGACUACACAGGUCCUAAUUUUCACAGGUAGGAGUGAAUAACACAGAACGGUGGUGGUUUGAGAAAACAUGAAGUCAAAAUUCCCAAAUUAAUUCCCCAAAACAAACAUUUUUAGAGUACAGAUAUUUCACCCAAGUUUUGCAAAUUGACUUUCAAUUGUACAAAUUUUUAGAAAAUAAACCUUCCCGAGAGCCUGAGUCACACAAAAACCCGCUUUAAAUGCUACAUUUAUUACGUGGUAUUAGUCUGUGGCAAAUAGUGAGAUUAGUGGCUUCCUUGAUGUGUUCGUUUGCCAUUAUCGUUAUGGUUUAUCCACUAAAUUGGAACUUUUUGGGGACUAAAAAGGCAAUUUCAUCUUUUACGCCAAAAUAGCUAAAUUGGAAAAAUACUUCAGUUCAUCUGGCUUUACAAAUGAUCUGUUUUGGCCUGAAAUUUGCAAUGCCCUGGUCUACUUGCCACAAUUCUCAGUUUAUUGAAUAAGCACGUUUCUCAUCGUGCAUUGCCUAUUAUUCAAACUGCAAAGGGAAAAGUAUUCGAAAUCCAAAAAGUGAAAAAGAAAAAAUGGAAUAUUGUUUCAUUUACACUGCGCUAAGCCCUAAUCGUGUGUCUGCCUACAGGGUACGCAUUGAGCCGAGUUCACACUGUAAAACCGUUUGAUGUUUGAUCCAGGUUAAACCACGCUUAACAACACUGCAAGUUUAGGCAAAUAUAUAGAUAAUAUACAUUCACAAAUAACUUCGCUUUCCUUAGUUAACCAUUUCGGUCCUGGGGGACGAGGUGACAGGGAAGCUCAGGAAAUGAAUUUCUAAAAUUGAUUUUGGAGCCACAAGGAAUGGGUGCGUGUGCCUGUAAAGAUAACUGUCGUGGGCAGACAGUGGGCAGGAGAAUACCCAUGGAUUCAUUUUUAUUUGUGUCCAUUGCAGACACUCUUCCCUCUUCGUGUAUAUCCACCAUCUGACCCUUCUUCAUUUCAAAUUUUACUUAUUUUUUCCCAUCCCCUGAGUUCUGACCCUCCAUGAGUUCAAUCAGUUCAGACGCUGGACAGUAAUUAGCCGUGAGCCAUAAUUAGGAGCCAUAACUCAGGUCCUUCGUAUUUAAUCAGUAACAUCCCACUCCUGCUACCAAUUCAUUUGCACCAAAAACUCAUCCAUUAUGUCAGCAAGCUAUUUAUGAAGUGUUUAGGAGACAGAGGUUAAUGGAGUUACAUAUUACGAAGGGUCAGUUCACCACCUGCUGACAAUCCACGUGCAAAAUAUAGGGGGAAAUGCCUACUUAAAUAUUCACCCCCUCAGCCUACCUGUCUGCGCUACUUCACUUGAAAUUGAGCAAACAGCUUGUCAGAUCACUAGAACUCACUGCUUACUUGAUAAACCUCUAAAUCUGCUUUCUGUUACAUCAUCUCUCCAAUCAGUGAUAAACUAUAGCUCCCAUAAUCCCUAUCCUCAAUGGUUGAGACUAAUGGGAGUUGUAGGUUGCAUAUAUCUGAUUUUUGUAAAUUGAUUACCGAUGCUGUUACAGAGUUAGCCGGUCCAUCCUAUCUGCUAUAUGCAGGCAGUCUGCUAGCCCAUAGCCAUAAUACAGUAGCCACACUCUUUUUAGCUGGCCGCCGCCUUUCAUUGCCCCUGCGAAUUACUCUUGCUGUUUUUUUCCCCAUGCAUGCUUUGCCCAUAAGGCUAGGUCGAACCCCACGGCCAGGUGACUGGUGAGGUCAAAGGUGACUAAUCUGGUCCCAGGCCUAGAGGCCAUCAUUAUUAUAAUUUUUAUAAUAACUCUCCUCUGCGGCCCCAAGCAAUUCCAUGGCUAGAUAGCAUGAAUAGAAUGUAAAGAAUAUGACAAGACUUUCCAAAUGAUUAAAAUUUUGGGGGAUAAACUUUUAAAAUGACUCAACAUAAUUUUUUUUAAAAAUCAUAGCUUUAUAAUAUUUAGAUAUUUUUGAUAUACUGAUAUUUUAAUAAAUAUCUAUAUAAAGCUUGCCCAGCAAUAUUAAAUCGAAGUCUUAAAGCAUUGCGGAGAAUGCACAAGAGAAAUGAGUUAGGCCAAACUAGCCGACUCAGAAGAAUGCUGGAGAAUGACUUGGAGAAUCUUCCUAAUUAGACUAUUUUGGUCUAGAGUUUGCUGACUUCACAUAUGUAUAUUGCAACUUUUAGGGCCAUAGUAAAGGAUCUGGAAAAAUUCACCAAUUCGACUGGAUUACUGUUCUGCUAUUAUAGUCUAACAUUUCCAUAUCACAUGCCGAGUCUAACAAUCUCCAGUCUAACAAAUAAAUUAUAGGGUUUUGGUUUUUUUAGGGCUGUUCUGUGCACAAAGCUUACAAUUUAAAUAAUCUAUUUUGUAAAAGAUCGUGCACAGUGCUUGAUUAACCAUUUCAGGAAGGCGUUAAUAAUUUAACGGCGUAGUUUAUAGGCCGUCAGAUCAUUUUGUGAGAUGUAAUGCCAAGCUUAGCUAUCCACAGCAUAUAAAUAUGUAUCUUUACUCUCCUGAAAUGACAGUUUAUGGGAGCUGGCUAAUUAUAUAAGGCUGCCCCUUCAGUCAAUCAUUUAAACCAUCAAUUCUAUUUUCCUGUAUCCCCCCAGCAAUAGCCCUUUUGCCCUAACCCCCCACACCCUUUCUCCACAGUAACCCCUGACCUCCCCCCCCCCCAGUAUUUCCAAGGUGAGAGGGAGAGGUGGGCUUUGGAAUUUGAGGGAAUUUUUUAGCUGUCUUACAGCCGCACCACCUGAGCAUGUAGGAACAGGUAGAAUGCCUGCCCGCCUCUCCACACAGACCCAAAUCCACCCUACACACAGCUCUUUCUCAUGGAAAUAUCUCGCCGUGUGUCGCACAUUUCAGAAUCGAUGUUGAUGUUUUGCAUUCCUGUUUAACAGCGAGCAUUUAUACCGCUUCUAUCUUUAAAUAAAGAAAACCAGUGUAUUGUUCUGGGAUAAGUUUACAUGUGUGAAGUAUCACAUAAAAUGGACAAUCGUGGGGCACCAUUUUUAGUAAUUUAGUAAUUAUGUACAUUUAUCAAGGUUUAUUAUACCAAAGCAGAGCUUUCAAAAUGAUAGUUUUAAAAAUGACCUAGUGGUACGGGAUUCAUAACAGUGCAUCAUCCUUACAGAGUGCAGUAUUAAUGGUGUGUGGAUAAGACGGUACCCAAAGUUUAUACAAUGUGUACAUUUAGGGAAAAGCCCCCCAUUCCCUGUAAUAAGAUGGUAUUAUGCACUACCGACUCUGUGGGUUUUUCCAAAGCCUGGAAUGAGAGUGUUGGAAAUAUUAGACGGACUUGUAUAAAAACUGGGCAUUGCGGAGAAUUUACAAUUUAAGCCAAAACAUUAAAAUUUAGGACAAAAUAAAUGAUUAGCAAAUCAUCUCCGUUUGUAAUGUCAUCUCUCUAACGCAAUAAUAUAGCGCUUAUUAAAAAAGUAUCAGUGUAGCGUGCGUAGUCGGUAAGAUUUUCCAGAAGCGUAGAGCACCUUAAAGAAGUGAAAAUUUAUAUAUGUUUAUAUAUGUAUUUUUUUCUUUUUAGACACUUGAUAAACUAAUAGAAGCUUGUUGGUACUCCCACCAGCAGCAAAUGGGGUUUAAUUAGAAUCAUUAUGAGUGCCAAUUUGUCUAUAAUCAAAUACAAAAAGAGAAGUCCUGCGCUCACUCCCAUCACUACUGGGCCGGCAGCAAUGAGUAUAAUCAAGUGGGAUCAAAUGACUUUCCCUUUAUGCUUACAGUUUAUCAGGGGACUUCCAUGUGGCUAAAAUAAUAAUGGUUUUAUAAAACUAUCAUUUCAAUUCAACCCAAAUGAGACAAUUAGCAAUAUUAACACAUUUUAGUUAGGAAUUCUGUAUUACCAAACACGUAUUUCCUUUAUUGAAUGUCCAUGACAUUUUGAAAUAAAAAUAGAGAAAAUGCCAUUUUAGAAUUCAUCUACAGUGACAUCAAUGGAGCCGUAUAUUUGGACCCUUAACGCGUCAUGGUCCCAUUUUAUUUUUCUCUUUAUUCCUGAAUGGUGUGUGCAAAGGUAACCAAAUGGACUUUAUACAUCAACAAAAAUGUGUGUGAUUUUUUUCUUUUUAAAUUUUUUUUAUUAUUUCUGUGACUUUUAUAUACCCUGAUAGCAACAGAAUAGCCUAAAUUGAACUCACAAGAUUUUACCCAGAGGCUUUUUUUCUGGUGCCAGACUCAUUCACAUAUUAGUUUUCCGGUGCAUUUUGUUGGCAGUAGGAUGAUUUUUUUUAUACACAUUAAGGUGUAACUUGUGGGUUAGAUAUGCUUCAAUAAUUUUUUGACUCUAAUUUUUAUCCCUGUAUAUGCUUCCCAUACACGUUCACUGCAGAUGUUACAUACGGAAACCAAUUCUGGUUAAAAAUGUUAACUCUCAGGGCAUUCAGCAUCAUCAUUCCUUUAAUUCCGCUUCUAGAACUUUGCCCCAAAAUCCAUCUUCAUCAUCGGCCCUCUAGGACAAUCCUUAUUCUGUCCGAUUGGCAGCCCAAUGAUACUCUCAGAAUCUAGGGCAAGCCCUAAAACCAAUCACAAGGAACCUAGCUGACCUUACUCACUAAAGUGCUAAGCUUCACCAUGCAGAAUUCUGGGGCAAAACAUUAUAGUUGAUGAGUUCUGCUACUGAUAUGCCUGAGUUAGAAUUUUUAAGAAUAUUUUAAAGCAGGCAGAUUUUGUCCAUCAGUGUUCCGAUGGUAAUAUUGAGACAAAAGCUCUGGAGUGAACCUUGAAGAAUUAGUGAAAGCCUUCCUUGUGUUCUCACCUCUUUUUUCUUAGAGUCCCUUGGAGAGGAGUGUAUAACUGCAAAGCUGAUUUCUCCAUAUAUGAUGCUGCAAACAAUCGAUAUUUUCCUGCACAAAAAUUGAGUUUUCAUUAACAUUGAUGGAGAAGUCACCACAAUGGAGUGGUUUCCUGUUUAUGGCAUCAAUUAUAUCGAUUCAAAAUAUUAAAUCAUUUUAAAGGUUAUCCAAAAAUAUUGAAUCAUUUGAAAAGUUUAUCCAAAAAUAUGAAAUCAAGGCCUACUGCUGAAGGCCAAGGGAUUCAUUCUUCAUUUUGACUGACUGAGAGGCCCAUCUCGGAUGUAAAUGAUGUAAAUAAAGUUCAAUAAUACAAUUUCGCUAGGUGUCUCAAACAUUAAUGUUCAUAAUGGGCUUUUCUUCCAUUGAUGACCACAUUGUAUCUCAAAGUGAUGGACUAUCCAUUGAUGACCACAUUGUAUCUCAAAGUGAUGGACUAUCUAUUGAUGACCACAUUGUAUCUCAAAGUGAUGGACUAUCCAUUGAUGACCACAUUGUAUCUCAAAGUGAUGGACUAUCCAUUGAUGACCACAUUGUAUCUCAAAGUGAUUGACUAUAUAAAAUAUAAAAACACUAACAUUCUGAAAGGAUUAAGGUCUUCGAGGGCUUGUUUAGACUCUCAAGGACAACCUGAGGAGCUGUUCACUAAAUCGAGGAAGGUGGAGACAUUACUAAGGAAUUGCACUUUUUAUUCCAAAUUACCCAAAUUGGAAGAUAUUCUACACCUUCUUACUCAGAUAUUUUGGAUAAAAAAUAGCUUUCCCAAAAUAAACCUCCUUAAUAUUCCCAUAGAGUGUGGGUUAGUAAAUAGUACACGUUUUACAAUUCCGUUUUCUAUACUUAUUCUGUAGAAGCUCACUCCAAUCUUACAAUCUGAAUAACCAUUUAAAAAAGCUCUCGAUAAAAGCGCUAGGUGAGAUCUACAUAAUGUUGUAUUUCCACUGAGAUCUAGAUAUUGGUGUAAUGCCAGUGAGAUAACAUCUCUUCACGGUAUAUAAUCCCAUUAGUUGAAUUCAGUUUAUCAAAGUGUCUGAAAUUGCUUACAUCCCGAUGAAUGAUCUUCCCCGAGUACAAUAGUGUGAAGUGAUGUAUCUGACAUCAGAUAAAAUCACACAUUUAAUGAAGACAAAUUCAUGAUUCAGAGAGAUUCUUCUCCGUGGCCUGUGUCAACGUGGCUGCCUUGAUUACCCCACCUCAUAUUAACUGCUGAACAUCUCAUUUCAGCUUGGGAUUGAACUAAGCAUACUUCGGUCUGAUCCCUUCGAAUGGUCCGCAUGUGGCCCUUGUUUUUCGGUUUUCGGAGAGCGCCAGACAAUGUUGCUCAGGAAUUUCUCCGGCAUUCCUUUACCAGUCCCAUCAAAUCUCCAAACAAAAGCACUAAUGUGCUUAGUAUCGAGCAGUGAUUUCUCCUGUCGUUUCUAGAUAUGCCAACAUAAAUUCCAAAGACUAUUAAUGUUUUACAGUUAGUAUUAACCCUACUGUUGACACAAGGAUGCCGGAAGGUGAUCCCCACCUUUUUUAACUGCAACCCCUAUGGCGCUUUGCUAGCUUUGAGAUUAAUUCUGCGAGAAUACUGAAGUAGGAGAGAUGAUUCAUGGAGAACUUCAUUUUGACUGUGGCUUACCUACCAACUGUCCUGGAUCUGGCAGGACAGUCCUGAUUUAGAACUCUUGUAAUACCAUGAUAGGAUUUUUGACUCAUAUCGCUUCUGGGGAGACAGGAGAAAAGUGUUUAAACAUCACAGAUUCUAAAACCUACUGGUGAAAUAUUAUAUUCCCCCAUCCACAUCUGUUUAUAAGCUUUCAAGAAGGACAUGCACUAAAUCAAUAAAGAAAGAAUGAGAACUCGGAGGAUGGACAAAAGCUUAGAGAUACUCAGUAGCUCCCCCUUUGGGAAAACAUGCCUGUUCAGGUAUCAGAAUAGUUUUUGCUCACUUGUGCCAUUACAGAGAGAACAUAUUAUUAUGUUAUUAUGUUAUUAUUUAUAUAGCGUCAUCAAAUUGCCAUAAAGCAAUUAUCCUGAUUCUCUGUGCCUUUCUAUUUGUAUCCAGUGGUAGUAUGUGAAUUGACGGUGCUAUAUAAAUACCUCUGGCACAGUGUGUCUGAAACUUACAUGGGGUGGCUGUAUCCCUGCCAAGUGUUGAAGCUACCGCACACUAGCAGGAGUCUUCAUGGGGGGGUGACAGAUUUAUUACACAGAUGCCCAAUAAAAAAAAUUCUGCUUCAGGGUGUGUCUGCAGAGCUAAACGAUCCCAAAUAAGCAGCUCAAAUUAUACUUUUAUAUAAAUAUACCUUUCAGCCAGCCACGGAGGGAGCUGCCCCCUAACCUCAUCGUCCCAGUGCAGCGAGAGAUCCUUGGAUUCCACUUUUACGAUACAGAUCUAGCGAGGUCACGUUUGGCCUUCCAGCUGUUCGUAUUAUUUUGAUCAUUUUUAUUUAUAGAGCCCCGACAUACUCUGCUGCCCGGAUACAUUUAGGUGGGCAUAGUCGUAUAGCCCUACUAUAAUUAUUGAAGGUGCAAGUGUCUGAUAUUUAAAGUAAUGCAGGACAGGAAAGAUGGCGGGAAAUGCAGAAUUAAACACCCACAUUCGCGCCAGUCAUAUUAUGUCUGAUUUUCUUUAUUCAUGCCCCAUCUAAAACCAAGAUAGCAAAAAUUACUGCGCUAGUGAUAGUGAAUAAGAAUGUGCAUAGUAAAUAUACAAAUUGUUUAAAGGGAUAAUACAGGCACCAUAACCACUUCAUAUCUGUGAAGUGGUUAAGGUCCCCAUCUUCCCCUGCAAAGGGCAGCAGUGAUAAGCUGAGUGUGUUCAAUCACUGUUAUGAAUUGGUAUGGCUAAUAGCCUCCACCUUUGCCAUACCUCCUCUUGGAGCCACAAGCGCCCAGGGAUCCCCACCUAAUAUCAAAUUUACAGAUAUCAGUUUAACACUGAGCAGUGGGGAUCCAGGUACCAUAACCAUACUCUUUGGUGGAAUCCAGUGGGUCAAAGUCAGUUCUUCACUCCUGGGCGUGAACGUGCAAGCAGCAUAUACUGCUGUCAUCUAAACCUACAUGAUUGCGGCCCCCGCAGCUAGGUAUUGACAGCGCAUUAGCCAAAACCGCUAUUACAUACAUGACCCAAUAAAUCAGAUUUGCUUUGUAAAAUGCCAAAUGUGGCCAAAAAAGGCCUAAAGGAAAAGAAAAAGUUCAGAUUACAUGUUUACUGUACAAGACAUGGCUUCACAACAGGCGAAUUCAAGUAGGCAUCUGGCGUUGAUUAAUUGUGAAGUGAGGAUCAGUUUCUCUUGCACUUUACUUGUCCCUAGAGGGAACUUGUCAUAGACUGUCUCCGAUUCAAUGUUUGGCUGUCAGGUAACUGCUUUGCCCUGUAGUGCAUCCUUUGAAGACUCCAGCAAAGACGUGUGGUGAGCUGCAGUAUGCGUGCGUUGACAAACAACGAUAUUAAACCAUAUCCCUCGCUCACUAACAAGAUAAGAAGAAAGAUUACAAAAUAUUUUAAACAUUUACAAAAAACUUUAGCUUUUUCCUCAUCUCCAUGCACUAGAAAAAACACCACAUGUAACUUUCUGACUCCUUACAGAUUUUCAAAAGUAGCUCCUACACUUAAUAUUGGUUCGAGAUUCCAAGCCAACCAAUCAGAAACUGGAAAGAAUGCUCACUUAAAAAUCCCAUGCAUCGUCUGCAGGUUGCGGAGGCCACUGUAAUGGAAACGUGUUGAGUUUUCACAUGUGGUAUUACAUUCUAACUCGUGAAUUAGAGGGUCUCUUGUGUGCCGAACAUGAUAGUCAUCUGUGUCUGUACUGUGAAUGUUUACAGGCCAGAAUAUAAUAUAAGUUGCUAACUUAUCAGCUAUUUCUUACCAAGGAAUAUUGACCUCCUGCGCAUGGAUUUUGGUUGUCAUUAUAUGAUUGCUCAGAUCUAGGACUUCAAAAUCAACAGCCUCAAAUAAAUGUGAUUCCGAUGUCUGUGGCUUUGGACAUAGCUUUAUUGAAUAGUCUGUAAAUAGCAUAAUUCUUAAAGUCUUACUACUUUUUAAAACAAUAUACUUUUUAAUUUAAAAAUAAAAUACUAAUAGUUCCUCAGCCCUUCGAACCCUGUUAAAAGCUUUAAAGGACCACUCUAGGCACCCAGACCACUUCAGCUUAAUGAAGUGGUCUGGGUGCCAGGUCCAGCUAGGGUUAACCCAUUUUUUCAUAAACAUAGCAGUUUAAGCCUUCCCCCAAAGCCUCUAGCGGCUGUCUCAUUGACAGCCACUAGAGGCGCUUGCGUGCUUCUCACUGUGAUUUUCACAGUGAGAGCACACCAGCGUCCAUUGGAAAGCAUUGUGAAUGCUUUCCUAUGCGACCGGCUGAAUGCGCGCGCAGCUCUUGCCACGUGUGCGCAUUCAGCCGACGGGGAGGAACGGAGGAGGAUCGGAGGAGGAGAGCUCCCCGCCCAGUGCUGGAAAAAGGUACGUUUUUACCCCUUUCCCCUUUCCAGAGCUGGGCGGGAGGGGGACCCUGAGGGUGGGGGCACCCUCAGGGCACUAUAGUGCCAGGAAAACGAGUAUGUUUUCCUGGCACUAUAGUGGUCCUUUAAAAUGUGCUGGACAUCCCAAAAGAAACACUACACAUCUAGUGUCUUACCACCAUGACUACUUCAAAUCAGUGACGUGGUCAUGGCGGUCGGAGUGACCCUUUUACAUUACCAGCUGUUGAAUGUUGCCACUUUUUGCCCUGGAAAGGGGAAUACGUUGGAGGAUCUGGGAUUCGUUAAGAAAAGUCUGAUACUCUGAGAAAAUGGGGCUGAAUCUUAAAUCCCUGUAAUAGACCCUGCAUGUUACUGUUAUUAAAUAACAACACAUGCUCUAAUCACUGAUAAUGUAACAAUCUGUCUACCUGGCAAGGUUCAGCCAUUACAUAUCCUUUCCCUGAUUGGUCCAAGGAUUGUCCUGAUACAGUCAUGCUACCGAUGUUAAAUAAGUGAUAAUGUAUUGUGACAAUACAGCGUGUCCUUUCUCCAUGUACAGAAAUACACUUUACUUAGAUGGGGGUGGAGGGGAUUGACCUUUUCUUAUAAACAAUUAGCUGGAGAAAUUCAACCCCCUUCUGAGAAACAAACUGAUAGCAUCAGUACAGCAUGAGGGAACAGAUGGCGAGGGGGAAUGUAAUGAGUCUGAGAGGGGUGAACUCAAAAACACCAAAUGGUCAGGCAAACUGUGAGCCUCUAGGCAUGUUUUCUAUCAUCCCACCAAACUCUGAGCCAGGACUAAGGCAAGGAGAGGCCCCUCUGUUCUAUGUCUCAGCAAUGGGAUACAACUAGGACACAAUGUUAACCCAGUUCGUGUCCUUCAAAGCUUUAUUCAAACAGUUACAGACUGAUGUCAGACUAGAUAUACUCCAUUAAACAUCCAUUACUCCAGCAAGCCCAGGGCUGGAUUGUAUAAUCCGAGACAUGUUUAUCGUUGGUAACAAACUAGUACUUUAAGACUUCUGUCAAUAUUGCGGUAUUUAUGUUUAUGUAAAAGCGCUUUUUGCGCGUCCUGAACAUGCGCAGGCCUGCAUGACUGACUGACACAUCCUCUACGAGCAGGUUUUCUUUGCCUAAUAAUAUUGUUUUCAAGCAUAUAUCAUUUUAUCAUUCCUAUCUCCAUCCCUCCGGCCUAGUCCUGUUACAAGAGAUUUGACCAUAGCUGUUAUAAUGAUAUAAUUAGGCAUCUCGGACACUAUGUAACCUCCUUCAGAAGGUGUGUGCACUUCUAACAUUUUGUUUGGACAAAUGCAGGCAAUUGAACGUCCAUUUGCGUUUCAUUCCCUUCGUUAAAGGACCCGGGACAGACUCACCUUCUUUUCCCAUAAUGCACAGAGGUUUUACACACGGAGCAUGUGCACAAAACGUAUAAAUAGCUUGCUCCACUUCCUUCGCCAAAUGACAUAAUAGUGGUUAAAAGGGUCAACGUAAACCUGCCAUUUCCUAUUGACAUGUGAUUAUCCCACAUAUGGAAGUGGGGGAUAGAGUGGGAGUACUGACAUAUGUCUCAAAUCCUCGAGUCUUUGCAUUACGGGAUAAAAGUCUUCAGACUGAUCUGUCUUCAUCCUUUUACUGUGCCAGGAACUCACUGUGUUUUCCGUUCAUUCAGUAUUCUUGUUUGUCACAAGUUUUUUGUCCAAGAAAUGAAACAUUAUUUAAAAAGAUAUUUAUUUGUCUCAGUUAUAUGAUCAAUGCGUAGCGGACCCCCCAGUACUACACCCUUUUUAAUCUCACAAUAUAAUGCUUAGGGCAAAUGUUCAGUGAUAUACAUAAAAAAUUACAUAGGAAAAUAUUUUAUUAUUGAGAUAAAAGGUACAGUGUGUCUUUUAGAAUGUUGGGCACGUUCUAUCCUUGGCAAUCUCAGGGGAUCAUUUCUGUCAAGGUUGGCUGGAAUCUAUAUUCAGAAUUUCAAAAUAGGUCUCUGGCUCAGUUGCCUGGGAACACACCAGUUUUAGAAAAACCUCACCAAAAUGUAUUUUGAAAAAAAAAAGAGACUCAGUAAUGUAUUUGGUCAGCCUAUCAACAUAGCCAGAUUUUCAUCACAGGGGCCCAUAGGUACAGGAUUGUAACGUGCCCCUUAACCUUUCCCCUCGAUAAGUAAAAGUUAGUGAAUGCUGAGAGUAGUAUACUGUGAUUGUGAAUGCUGUGAUUAGGGCAUAGAUGUAGAGUGCAGAGUUUUAAUGCAGUAUACAGUAUACCUCCCAAGUGUCCAUAUUUAGGAAGAACAGUCACUUAUUUGGAACCAAAUCCCUCUGUCUCUCUUUCCUAUCCUAAUGUCCCUCUUUUCUAGGAGCUCCAUAUUGUUGGUGUGUCAGAGUGUAUAACAGAGCUCCACAGCAAUAAUACUCCCAGUAAUGUGUCUGAGUGUAUAACAGAGCUCCACACUAAUAAUACUCCCAGUAAUGUGUCUGAGUGUAUCACAGAGCUCCACAGUAAUAACACUCCCAGUAAUGUGGCUGAGUGUAUAACAGAGCUCCACAGCAAUAAUACUCCCAGUAAUGUGUCUGAGUGUAUCACAGAGCUCCACAGUAAUAAUACUCCAAGUAAUGUGUCUGAGUGUAUCACAGAGCUCCACAGUAAUAAUACUCCCAGUAAUGUGGCUGAGUGUAUAACAGAGCUCCACAAUAAUACUACUCCCAGUAAUGUGUCUGAGUGUGUCACAGAGCUCCACAGUAAUAAUACUCCCAGUAAUGUGGCUGAAUGUAUAACAGAGCUCCACAACAAUAAUACUCCCAGCAAUGUGCCUGACUGUAUAACAGAGCUCCACAUCAAUAAUACUCCCAGUAAUGUGUAUGAGUGUAUAACAGAGCUCCACAGUAAUAAUACUCCCAGUAAUGUGUCUCAGUGUAUCACAGAGCUCCACAGUAAUAAUACUCCCAGUAAUGUGUCAGAGUGUAUAACAGAGCUCCACGGCAAUAAUACUCCCAGUAAUGUGUCUGAGUGUAUAACAGAGCUCCACAGUAAUAAUACUCCCAGUUAUGUGUCUGACUGUAUAACAGAGCUCCACAGCAAUAAUACUCCCAGUAAUGUGUCUGAGUGUAUAACAGAGCUCCACAGCAAUAAUACUCCCAGUAAUGUGUCUGAGUGUAUAACAGAGCUCCACAGCAAUAAUACUCCCAGUAAUGAGUCUUUAAACUACAAUAAAUGUGUUUAGAAAUCAGUCGCUGUAAAUAAGAUACAUUGUUCUGAUUAUAAAUGAUGUUUUAAUUGUAUUAAUUGCCAUUAUUAUUAUUUACAAAGUGCCAACAAAUCGCGCAGCAUUAAUAAAUCAGCCUGAAUGUCUCAGAAUACCCCACUAACAGAUACCAUGAUAUUCUGAUCAGUCCAGAUGUCCAUGUUAACCAGUGUUAGAAUGAUUUGCCUGGCCACACGAGAUACAGUCCUGUCUCACUAAUACAGAGUUAUGACUUCAUUCACGAAGCUUCUCAAUGACAACUGAAUUUCAAAUCCUCGGCUACAUUAGCUGCAAAUGCUUCUCUGGAAAAUUCUCUUAUCAUUUCACCCAGUUACGCCGAUAAUAUGCAUUCCCUUGUCAUCUCUUCCCAAUCCCUAAUUUAGUAAACAAGCCCCAUUAAUAAAGUGUAGGCUCUCAAUGUCAGCUCCAAAACACAAUACUAUUCUUAUUACAUAGUGACCCUUCGAGUAGGGGAGGUGCCACAUUCUUGUCACUCAGUACGGUAAUGGAUGGCAGUAGAUAUUCUACAUUUGUCAGAAUUUUCCAUUUUUUUUAUUUUUUUUUAUAUAUUUUGAGCAAAUGUGACCCAUUUUAUACUAUUCAUUUCUCCAUUGAUACACUGAGAAGUAGCAAAGAAGGGGUUAAGCCACCAUGUAAAUUCUUUCAGGUACCUAACAAGGGGGAGGGGGCCGACCUGGCAGCCAUAUGUCCCCAUAUCCCGAGGGCAGGCAUAUUUGGGCACAAUUGUUCAAAUCCUUCCUCUUCUAAUCCCUUUGAGUCCGGAGGGCCCUACAAGGCGGUCCAAGGUAAUUUUUGUGCCUUGGCUCCUUCUGCCAUAGAAUAAGAUCCCCUACAAUAUAAAUUACAACAUUUCAUUUAACCUCUUCAUUGCCAGGAAUCUGUCAGUGUCUGGUUCCAAGUGCCUUGGGCAUGGCAUAGAAGAGGGAUUGUGAAAUAUCUUGCAGGUUGGUGAUGAGUUCUGUACUUGGCAAUCUCAGCAGAUUUUCUUUAAAAUUAAAAAUACAGAAAAACACUCAUUAUAACUUUGGUUAUUCACUGUCGAACAGAUAUAUUAAAGUGAGUGAUAAUGGAGAGAUUUCUAAGUCUGAAUAAUGUUGUUUCAUCUUAUAGUGGAAGAUUCCGCUAGAAGAUACAUAUUUAUAAUAACGAUAUAUUGUAUGCAAUGAUUAAUAUAUCAUUUAUAUCAUUCUAAUGUGUAUAAUGAAUAACCUCUUAUGGCAUACACCCCAACAGUCUUUGAUCUAGCAUAACAGUCCCUACAUGGAAUAUUUGACCUGCCAUGCUUCCCACCACAGGGCACUUCCUGCCAGUGUAAGGGAGCUUGCACAGUUCUCUCUGCAUUGGGUAGUCCUAGUGGAAUGUUGGCAGAGGUGGUUGACCUAUACCAGCUGUCAUGCUCCCUGGGGUGACCCACCCCCUUUCCAGGCAUGCUUGCUGCCACUUGGCACCAUUGAGGCAUUUUGCGUCAUCACUGGCAAUGUUAAAGGGAAACUCUGGACACCAUAACGAUUUCAUCUCAAUUAAGUUGUUAUAGUGGCUGCAGUGCUACUUUACAAUGUUGCUAAUCAUUUAUCAGGGAAACCUCUCACACUUUUUAUAUAAAUUUCAACACGUGGUACAGGCCAGAGUUAUGACCAUCAACCCGAUUGACCAGCAGCCUACCAGUAUUCCCCUGGCAUCCCACCAGUAUCCCCCGAACAGAGCAGGGUUUUAGGGUGUUUUAAGAUAAACUCCAGCGGAUCAAUGAGUGGCUGCGUCCAUCUGACAGGUCCGCUGGUCAGGCUCUGUUGGGGGUAACUGAGAACAGGCAUUGAGUACCCCAUUCUUUGGCAUGUGUCAAUAAAGGAUGCUGUGGGUGUCUUCUUCAUCUUAAACAAGAAUGUAUUUAUGUAAGACUUUGGCUCACUCACCCCCUUUCACAAUAAAACCUUAUUUGGAGAUAUUUAUUGAGGAACAGUGGGGGGUUUAUAUUAUGCUAUAAAUAUAAAAUUCACGCUGGUUUAAUUAGCUGACAAAUUCCAGGCAUGGUACAUUUUAUUCCUGUCUCACCCUAAUUGUUGAUAUUCUUAAUUGAACCCAAAAUGUUAAAAGAUACACAACACAGAGGACAUUUAAUAUUACUUGAUUAGAGUUUAGAAAUAUUUCUGCCCUCAAAGUUAGCCCACAAACUCAAAACUUACCACUGCCACAUGAUCCUAACUCUCAACCCCCACCCAGUGAUCCUACACACUCUCACAUUUACCCCCCUCCGUCCCCAGGUGAUCCUAAAAAUUCUCACAUUAAUCCCCCUUCAGGGAUCCUACAAUUUGUCACAUUUACCCUCCUCUCCCCUCCCCCAGGUGAAUCUACAGUCUCUCACAUUUAUCCCCCUCCUCCUCCAGGUGAUCCUACAAAUUCUCACAUUAAUCCCCCCCCCCGCACAGAUCCUACAAUCUGUCACAAUUACCACCCCAAGGUGAUCCUACAAAUUCUCACAUUAAUCCCCUUUAGGGAUCCUACAAUUUGUCACAUUUACCCCCCUCUCCCCUCCCCUAAGUGAAUCUACAGUCUCUCACAUUUAUCCCCAAGGUGAUCCUAUUAACUGUCACAUUUACCCCCCAAGGUGAUACAAUAAUCUCUCACAUUUUCCCCCCAGAUGAUCCUACAAGCUCACAUUUACCCCCCUCACCCUUAGUUCCUACAAACUCUCACAUUAACCCCCCAGGUGAACCUCCAUUAACCCCCCUAAGUUAUCCUACAUCCCUCAUUUCAAUUUACUGCCCGGGCGAUUGUAGAAACUCUCACUAUAGUAACCCCAAAAUGAGCUUACAAAAUUUAACUUGCUUCUUGAAUAGUUUUGCCAGAUCUCAAAAUAGCAGAACUACUGUUACCCAUUAUGUCUUCUGUUGGUCAUAUUUAAAUUACAGAGAUCUAUAUACUGUCACUUUAACAACAUGCAUCAUUAGAAGUUGAAUCGUUCCAUAUAAUACAGGUGACUGUGCAGUUUUGAGAUAUUAAUCCUGUUGCUGAUGUGUUUUCUCUUUUCAUAGCUCUGAAGAGGUCCUUUGACAUAGAGGAUGUAGAUGAUACACCUGUGUUCUCGCCAACUUCUUCACUCAGCUCUCCUUACAGCCCCAGCCAAUCUAAUGUCAUUCGAGCAAGCAAUGGAGAGAGACGAACCUCUUCUGGGUCCCACCAGCCUCUUUACCAGUCCCGUAUCAGCAUUAGUUCAAGCUGCAGUCCUGCACAAAGUCCUGUCCUCAAAACUCGAAUCACCAGUAGUUUAUCAUUUAACCGUGGGACAAUGCAAAUGGCCAAAAGCAAUGGAAACGCUAACCAAAGUCUUACCCGCGUCUCUUCUUUCCAAACACGACUCAACCCCAGUGGUUUUUCUUCUUCUGGGCAUGGCAGUGACAGCGAGAGCCUACACAGUUCCACCUCCAGUUUAGAGUGCCCACCUGCCACUAAGCCUUUUCACCAGCUGCGUCCAACACCAACCACAGUAGGCCAACAUGGAUCUGGAAUUACGGUAUCCAAUACAUCCAGCCCUGUACUGAAGAAGUUCUCGUCUCAUGGUAGUGUAUUCCACUCUGAGAUUGAACGCCCAGGGGUCCGUCUUGUUCCAGUAACAACCGAUAACCACAGCUCUCUACCAUCCUUGGACUUGCAUAUUGCGGAGGACAAUGUUCCAGAUCUUGUUCCUUCUCCAGAUGCUGGAUAUCCCCCCUCAGAGGGCUGGAGUUCUCCUACCGACGCAUAUAAGAGGCCACUUUCCAGAAGCAGCAAGUCUGUUAGCAGGGAACCCUCAUUUUCCUCAUCAUCAGCCUCCUCCUCACCACCAGCUGAUACUCCCAUCAAUUGUACACCUUCCCCACCCCCUGUUUUUGGGCCUCUACAACCAGCCACACUCCAGAAAUUCCCUGUCAGUUUCCAAGGCCCAGUAGGAAAAUCUAAUGGUCCCAGCUCUGAUCAAAUUAGUAGACCAUUACCAAGGGCACAGCUAAGAGUCAACCUCAAUGCAACACCUGGCCAAGCCCCUCCAGCCAACAGGGAGAAAGCUGAAGUACCAUCCAGGGGUCACUUGCAAGUGGCAUCUCUAGGUAGAGCCCCAACUGGUCCAGAUUUUGCCUCUCAAAUACCAUCUUUUACUGGUAACCGUAUGAGGUCUCAAUCACUCCAACAAGAGUCUCUUCCAGAGCCAAGCCUUGACCAACCUGCCAAACAAACAGACACAUCAUCUUCCACCGAUAGGCUUCGAUCUAUGAUGCAGAGGGCCAACUCUUUCAAUAAGACAGAUAGUUCUUCCUUCCAAAGCCCAUUCCUCCGAGAGAGUCAAUCAAGUCAAAAGCCACUUGGUCACAUAGCUGACUCAGCAAAAAACGGCCAAGAAACCCAUGCCUAUGGAAAGCCAACCCUCAUUGCUAGGAUGCACGGACAUGGACCUUCAACACCUGUGUCCUGUAAUCAGAACAUCCAACUUAACAAGAAGGUCUUGGAUGAAUUCAGAAAUGGGAUUUCUCCGCUUAACCACUCAAUACAGAAAGAACCCCAGAAUAAAAGGUUAAUGGGGAUACAAGGAGGUGAAUCCAACCAAGAGGCUCUUGUUCCAUCAAGGUGUAUGGAAGACCUGGGUGAAGUAAAGGCACACAUUACAGAUGUCCUAACUGAAGGUAAGAAAGUUAAUUUGUUUUUUGUUUCUCUGGCAGAUGUGGACAUUUUAGGGAGUUUACUAACCAGACAGUAAACAGUUCUAGGAGCAAACUGGACAUCCUGGAGUUAUCUGGGCAUAAAAGGCAGAAACAGCAGUCUAUUAAUCAGUUCAGAUAUUUCCUACAAAAUUUAUUCCAUACUGCCUGGUCUACAAGAAACUGUAGAUGUGUGUUAUUUUAACACAUAUAUAUGGAGCGAUUAUCAUCUUGCAGAGGGGGGUAUAAAUACAAAGUAAAGAAGUGAUAAAGUGCAAGCUAUGUUUUAUCAGAAUAAAUGAAAUAAACGUGAUGCGUUUCCUGUAAAUAGCUUCUCGGUUAGAAACAGGAACCUAGAAUGACCCAUUAGCGUAUUUACAUGUUUACAAAUAGGUUUAAUUCUCGAAAUAAGAAUUAAGGAGAACUGAUAAAGGAAUUGCACAUAAUAGACAAAAAUAGACAAAUGUUGAAAAUAAAUCUUUUACUCACCUAUUACGCAACCUACUGGCUACUUUUAUCUAAAAUUUCCAGUUUUCUUAUCAUUUCCAAACAUAAGUUUUCCGCUUAAUGAAGAUAAGGUUCAUUCACUAAACAGUCAAAUAUGGGUGAUCAAUCUGCUAAAUUUGUCCAAAAAAUCCACGGUUGGUGAUCAGCCACAACAUUGCCACCACUGACAGACGAAAUUAAUAACAUUGCUUAUAUCGUUACAAUGGCACCUGUCAAGUGGUGGGAUACAUUAGGCAGCAAGUGAGCAGCCAGUUCUUUAAUUUAAUUGGUUGGGAGCAGGAAAAAUGGGGCCCAAAUAGUGAUGGCUAGAUGACUGGGUCUGAGCAUCUCCAAAAUGGCAUAUCUUGUGGGGUGUUCCCGGUAUGCAGUGGUUAGUACCUACCAAAAUUAGUGCCAGGAAGGACUACUGGUACACCAACAUUUGGUUCAUGGGCGCCCGAGGCUUAUUGAUGCAUGUGGGUGAAGGCUAGCCCCUCUGGUCUCAUUAUAGAGAAGAACUAAUGAAUCUCAUAUUGCUCAAAAACUUAAUACUGGCCAUGAUAGAAAUGUGUUAGAAAAGAAAGUUCAUCGCUGUUUGCUGUGUAUCGGGCUGGGCAGCUACAGACUGGUCAAAGUGCCCAUGAUGACCAAAAGUGCCAUCAAUUAUUAUUAUUAUUAUCAUUUUAUUAUUUAUAUAGCGCCAACAAAUUCCGUAGCGCUGUACAAUGGCAAUGGUGACAUGAGCGUCAGAAUUGGACCAUGGAGUAAUGGAAGAUGGUUGCCAGGUCUAAUCAAUCACGUUUUCUUUUAGAUCAGGUAGAUGGCCAGGUGCGUUUGCAUUUGGAAAAGAUGGCAACAAGGAAGAAGGCAGGCUGGGGUAGGCAUUGUUAUGUUCAGGGGAAUGUUCCACUAGGAAACCUUGGGUCCUGACAUUUAUGUGGAUGUUACGUUGACAAGUACCACCUACCUAGAGAUUGUUGCAGACCAUGCACACCCCUUUCAAGGCAAUGGUGUUCCCUGAUGGCAGUGGCCUCUUUCAGCAGGAUAAUGCACCCUGACACACUGCAGAAAUAGUUCAGGAAUGGUUUGAGGAACAUUACAACGAGUUCAAGGUAUUGCCUUGGACUCCAAAUUCCCCAGAUCUCAAUCCAAUUGAGCUACAGUGGGAUGUGUUCGAGCAACAAAUCCGAUCCAUGGACAUCCCACCUGGCAACUUGCAGGACUUAAAGGAUCAUUGUCAGAUAUCAGGACACAUUCAGAGGUCUUGAGGAGUCCAUGCCUCGACGCCCUAGAGCUGUUUUGGCAGUACAAGGGGGACCUACACCAUAUUAGGCAUGGGUUUUUAAUGUAGAUGCUGAUCAUGUCUUCUGGUGUAAAGAAUCCUAUAAGGGUGUACGUUUAGAGAUGUGCAUAUAAUUUUAUAUUUAUAAAAGGACCAAUACAUAUUCUUCAGUGCUGUACAAACAAUGCACCUUUCCUGGAAUUCUCGGAUACCCAGCAUUCUAUUAACCAUUACUGUGGCCCAGUCUGUGGCCCCUGGAUUUGCCAAAUUUGGGAGACCUAUUCUCGUUGGAUUUUAGUCAAGGUUGUUUGCCGCUGUGAUUUUAUUUAUUUUUUUGGCGUCUUUCGCUAGAUUUACUGGAAAGCUCAGAUUUCCUUUGCAUUUCUGGAGUUCACAUAACCUCAAAAUGUGUCUCAGAUUUACGGUCUGUCACUAGUGACCUCACCUCCCCUUUAAUUUUGGGGUUUUAUCCCCGAUGUAGUUGUUUUAAAUGAAGUCUAAGCGUGUGUUCACAGAGACUUUGCCAGAAAUUGGGGGGCCCAGGCGAUCAGGGCAGAGGGGCCAGUUAGCGUUAUUUAAAUAUUACAGAAAGUAAAUAAUGCUGUUUAGAUCAAUGUAUUAAGAGGAGCAAGGGGCUAUAGAUUGUUGGUGGGGAGAUAAUGCAGUCUCAACCUGUCUGUUUAGAAAACAGGAGUUGGACGUUCUCCUAGAAUUUGGGAAUAAAGUCACAGAAGGAGGGUAAGGUAUUUAUCAACUCCUCUGUCACCCCCCUCCCUUCUCCCUUCCAUGCUUGGCACAAGAAGGCACCCCCUGCUUCACAGUGUCUUCUAGGGAACAAUGGGGAAAAUGUUCUGGGAGGAGGGGAACAGGGCUUAGUGCCAAGGUGCUUUUAAACUCAUUUAGCUGAACUUCUACAUUUUCAUUUACCUGUGAAACAGAUGUGUGCAUACAGGGAGGCAGGAAGACGUGAGGCUUUAUGAGACACUAGUGCACAACCGUGAAUUCUGGCAGUAAGUAGGUUAUUUUCACUGCUCGAGUGUUACAGGAGACAGGCGUCACUGGGGCUUACUCCCAAAAUCAGGAAUUGUGGAGUAUUGCCAAGGAGGUUGGAGUUGUAGGCCAAAGAAAUCUGAGCAAGAAAUAUAGCUGAAUAGUUGGACAAUAUUUGCAGUUAAGUUAUUUUGACUUGAAAUAGCUCUUUGCCCUUUCUAAGGAUACAAAAAUAUAUAUAUUUAACAUGCAUUGGAUUUCUGCACACUCACUUUGGCAAUUAAGUGUUUAAUUCAGAGAGUUAAAGGGUUUGUAUUCACUUAAUCAGCAAACUGUAACAAACUAAAAAACCAUGCAUAAACCAAAGUGUGUUUAAAAUGCCAAUCGUACAGGAGCCUGUAGGAUUCAUUUAUAAAGAGCUACUUUAGGGCACUCUUCUAAAAGUGGAGCAGUGGGUAUAAACGUUCCAUUAGUUUCCACGGUGACUGCCCAAAAGUUAGCACUAAGUUUUGCACCAUAGUGGUUCUUUAUAAAUAGCCCACUUAAUGCUGUUAUCACACUUGCAGCCUCCUAUGAAAUGCAAAGAUUGUAAAAUGAUCAUCUAACAUAUAAUGAAUGCUUUAACUCAGGACCUAUUUACAGCCGCCCCUGGGGUAGGAGGUGUUGGGAUAAUUAAUUACCUCUCCAGGACGGUUUACAAAUGGGCACCUGUUAUAACCAGAGGCUUCUUAUCUGUUGUGAGUGAUGGGUGUUUAAUGGAAUUAAUUCGGCUUAGCUAUUUUAGCUUCAGUUCUGCAAUUCAGAUCUCAGUUUGCUUCGAUUGGCAGGAUCAUUCCCUAAACUGCAGAUUUUAGGAAAUUUAAGUCCAAAAUACUAAAUGGCAUUGAAACCAUUUUUUUCGGGAAUACCAAAUCUUGUCCUCGUUUUGCAACUUUUUUAUCCUAUUUGUGUGAUUUCCUGUUCCACAAUGAUGGGCAGUUUAUAAAAAAAAGUGCUGCCCUGUAGUAUUUAUCAUUCAGAUACAGCAGGGUUUCUUGUUCAUCAUUACUGAUUUCCAACUUGCAGCAUUUGAAUGCUUCAUACUACAGGAUAGCAUUUCCCGUGUGUUGUUCAUCAAUACGCAUCUGAUGCAUUUGUCACAAAUUAAAGUAAAAAUUCUUCAUUUUAUUGAUGAAGUAUGUCUGUUGCGAAACGCGUAGAUCGCGCAGACAUUGCCAGAUUUGAUUAGGCAAGCGCUGGGGAAUGCACAUUCAUAUGGAAUUAGAUCUAGCUCUUUGUUUUUAAUUCCCGAGUAAAUAAAAGGAUUUUUUUAAUGAUCAAAUCAAGAACUGUCUUUAGCUCUGCUAACUAAACCCAGAAAGAGGGACUGACUGCCCAUGGUGGUAAUCCCCAUAAAAAGAGAGGGAAUGAAGAUGUAACAACAUUUGUAAUAACUUUUUGCAGCAUUGUGUAACCAUGGAUAGAGAGUCGCAACGUCAGCUGCUGGGCGACACUUUAUACAAUGAAUUGAAAGAAAGAUCGAUCGUGGUUUACUGGAUAGAAAGGUUGAACUUGAUGGACACAUGUCUCUUUUCAGCUUAUUUAACUAUGUAACUAUUCAUCUCAUCCAUGCUGUUGGAAAGCACAUGAAAGUAUUGCUUUGUUGUGUAUAGCAACACUAAAUUAAUUUCUGAUCAAGUAUCCCACACAAAAACAUAAUUAAAUGCCUUCCUUCCUGCAACAUAUGAAUUCCACAUACAACAAGGAGCCACUUUUCAUGCCUUGCUCAUCACACAAAGGGAUCUGUGUCUCGGAAAACACAAUCAGGUUUUAUUUGAGGCCCUUUCUCUUUGAAGGGUGUCGCACUGCUGUGGGCUUUUAGACUAAGUGAGCCAUGACUGGUUGUGUAGCAAAUAGCAUACAGGUCUGAUUUUAAGUUUCCUCUCUUUAUGAACGCUAGGGAUUUGGGGACUGGUUUAUUUAAGUGAAGGCCCCAUCAGUCUAUGCAGCUGUAUAAACAAUCUGCGUUGCCUAUUGUAUGUCACACCGCAUACAAUCACACGGCGCAGGUAUUGUUCUGCCACCGCACAAAGCAUUCUGGGGAAUACCCAACACUGUUUGAACGUUAAAACUAAGCAAACGUCCCCUUUGACCCCUCUCAUUCCUGCCAUUCCACCUACCCAGCGAGAAUAAAUAAAAUGAAUAUGAUUACGCCAAUUAGCAGGUUAAAGGUGAUAGGUGCACUUUCCGUAGGAAAGACGAAAAGUGAAAGCCAACCCUUACCUGUAUGCCAGCGCCAGCUGUUUCCAGGUGUAUAUUCAGCUUUCAUUAUUCUCUGUACUUCAAAGUCUCUGCCAAAGGAACAAUAAAGUUAAAAUAUACAAAACCCUUUUUGCUUUGUAAAUGCAUUUCCUGAUCACUCCACAGCAUUGCACGUUUUUCCUGAUCACACCUUAGACUGUAGGCGUGGAGUAGUGAAAGAUAUUUUUCACUUGAAAAGUACAGCCCUGCCCCGCACUGUAAUCAAUUCAUAUCCUACAAGAUGGAAACAAUUAAUUAAUCAAGGAACAACUGGAACCGAAUUGUGUUGGUUAUUCAGAUCUCUCAUGCAGCAUAUGAAUACUGUAUACUAUAGGGCAAUGCUAUUUAGGUGCAGCACAUUGGUGUGUGGGGUAAUACCUAUCCAGAAAAACAAAAAUAUUGAAUAAGAGUGAAUUGAAAAUUAAAAUAUUUGAGAUUUAGGUCAAAGCUUCUGAAAUGUCCCAUUCCUGUGUUUACCUAAAGGUUGGUAAUUCUGCAAUAUUUAGUGAAUAUUCCCCAUCCUGAGGGCUACCAGAUGUACCGUGCUUUUCUAUUUUGAUGGUCAUCACAUGAAAAGUGCUGCCCGGCAGUACAUGGCAUUCAAAUCAACUCAUUGAUCCGUGAUGAAUAAUGCUGCAUAGGAACACUACCUACUGCAGGGAAGCACUUUUCAUGCACUGCCCAUCAACACAAAGACAUGGAAUCUGUAGAGGAAAAUAUGGGGGAGCUGACAUUUCUAUGUAUUCUGUGAUCACCCUAACGACUGUAGGUCCAGACGUAUUUGGGGGCCGCAAGAUCCUCAACUACACAGACUGUUAUAGCUCAGGCGAUAUUUCUGUAAUAUUAUUAAGUGGAUGGUGCGAUCACUCUCAUUUAUCACACUCCCGUCUUUAUCUUCUGUUAAGUGUGUGAUAGAUGAGGUGAGAAAAUCACAAGCGGUAAUGUGGAAUUUAGGGAGUAGAACCAACAGAAAUGUGAGAGAAACAAAUAGGAGCGGUGGAGUAAAGGUUAGAGGAUCCACCAUUUAUCCAAGUAUCUACUUUUCUAUAUCUCUGCUAUCAUUUACUGCUUUCACCGGAAGGCUAUUCCAGGUAUCUACUAUACUUUCUAUAUUAUUAUAUUUAUAUAGCGCCAUCAGAUUCCGUAGCGCUGUACAACGGGUGGACUAACAGACAUGUAAUCACUGUUAGCCUUUACCGCUUCCACUGGAAGUCUAUUCCAUGUAUCUACUACCAUUUCUAUAUCACUGUUAGCCUUUACUGCUCCCACUGGAAGGCUAUUCCAGGUAUCUACUACCCUUUCUAUGUCACUGUUAGCCUUUACUGCUCCCACUGGAAGGCUAUUCCAGGUAUCUACUACCCUUUCUAUAUCACUGUUAUCUACUACUUAUUAUGUCAAUUAGGAAAGGAGCUGUUAAGACUUAUUUGAGGGAUGACACCUAAGCAGACCGGUCAGACAGCUCAGGAAAUAGUCAGACAGGUGAGAAAAUGAGACGUCAGAUGUGGCUUGUGGAAGCAGUGACAGCAGGUGUGCAGAUAGGACAGACAGGUCCUGAGUAAUGGACAAUGAAAUCAUUCCAAAACCCGACGACAGGAAAAGUCCAGAAAAAGGUGAUGUUUUACGGUGAACGCAACGAUUGCGAUAUAAAGGAAAAACGUAAGGCACCUCUACCCUGGGAUAUCGCCAAAAAAGAUAAAACGCAGGAUCAGGUCCUUUCACUGACACCGAAGGACUCUUGAUGAUUAAUUCCACCUUGAUCUAGACGGAUUUCAUUUAAGCUGCAGAUUAGUAAUUUGGAUGCAGAAUGAAAUCCCUGGAAUUCACAAAGCAUUGCCAGCUGGGAGGGUUAACCUUCGAGCAGCCAAAGGCAGAGCGGUAGCCAAAGCGUGCGAGCGAAACUGGCCGUGAAACUGCAACUUCUAUUAAUCUAUCCACUGGCUGGCUGAGAGUCAUGGUACGUGCAGAGAUACCUGACUGGCUACCGGGUUUAAUCAUUAUAUUCAUAAUACUUAACCCCCAAGAUUACUGUAAGGGUCCCAAACACUCGUACAUUAAAAUAAUUACACUUUAAGUUAACCCUUGCAAGCCCAGUACUUAAAAAAAAAAUAAAGAGAGAAUAUCCAAAAAUCCACUUUUUUUCCUAUAACUAUUGAUUUUAGGUAACACUUAAAUACCCAUAAAAAGUGGGAGUUUUAUUUUAACCCUUGUUUGUCCAUAACAUUGGAAUCUUUCCCCAGUAAGCCGCCUAAAUCAGGACUGGCCCACUUGAUCUGGGACAUUUUGGUGGCAUACAUCUUUCAGUCCAAGCUGCAAUUAAAUUAUUAUUGGUGGCAUUUAUAUAGCUCCAACAUAUUCCGUAGCGCUUUACAAUUAUAGAAAGGGGAUUUAAAGAAAUCGAUGUACAUCGUUAGGUCUCUUGUUAUUCCUCCCAAAAUGCUUCUGUACAGACGAUGUCUCAAAAGCUGUAUAAAAUGUGUAAUUUGUAAAUGGCUCAUAAAAUAUACAUUGACUGUUUAAUCAUGAACACAAUGCACAUAUUCAAGAAAAAACGAUAAGAUCUUUAUAAUAUGCUAAUACUGAUCUAGUGAGAACUGGAUUUAAGUUUCAAAAGCAACCAGUGAUUUUCUAAUACAAACAGGGCUAUUCACAUAACUGAGAAUUCAGAGUGAAUUUCAAAUUUAAGGUCAAAAUAUUCAAACUGGAAACGCUUUAUAAGUCAGCAAUGCUUUCCAUUUGACUACUCCGACCUUAAAGGGACACUGUAGUCACCUAAACAACUGUAGUUUAAUGAAGCAGUUUUAGUGUAUAGAUCAUGCCUCUCCGGUUUUAUUGCCCAAUAGUGAUGUCCCGAAGUGUUCGCCGAACGGUUCGCCACGAACGGUUCACCACGGACUCAUCAUUGAGUAAACUUUGACCCUGUACCUCACAGUCAGCAGACACAUUCCAGCCAAUCAGCAGCAGACCCUCCCACCUCCUGGACAGCUCACUAAGAAUGCAGCUUCACAAUGAAUGUAAAAUGGAUGCUGUCCAGGAGGUGGGAGGGUCUGGGAGGGAGGGUCUGCUGCUGAUUGGCUGGAAUGUGUCUGCUGACUAUGAGGUACAGGGUCAAAGUUUACUCAAUGAUGAGUCUGUGGCGAACCGUUCGGCGAACAGUUCGGGACAUCACUAUUGCCCAAUUCACUGCCAUUUAGGAGUCAAAUCACUUUGUUUCUGUUUAUUCAGCCCUUGCCACAGCUCCCCUGGCUCGGAUUGACAGAGCCUGCAUGGAAAAAAAAAAAAAAAAAAACUGGUUUCACUUUCAUUUAGAUGUAAUGUACCUUAAACAAUUGUAUCUCUUGCUCUGUAAAUUGAACUCUAAUCACAUACAGGAGGCUCUUGCAGGGUCUAGCAAGCUAUUAACCUAGCAGGCUAUAAGAAAGUAUAAAUUAAACCGAACUUGCAAUAAAGAAAGGAUAAACUUUAGAUGACUCUUUACAGGAAGUGUUUAAGAAGGCUGUGCAAGUCACAUGCAGGGAGGUGUGACUAGGGUUAAUAAACAAAGUGAUUUAACUCCUAAAUGGCAGAGGAUUGAGCAGUGAGGCUGCAGGGGUAUGAACUAUACACCAAAACUGCUUAAUUAAGCUAAAGUUGUUUUGGUGACUAUAGUGUCCCUUUAAAUUUAAAAUGUACUUUGAAUUCUCACCUUAGUGAAUAACCCUCAAAGUAAUUUGUCUCAUGGUCAACUACGCGGUUGAGAGAUUUUGAGAAAAGCUGGAGCUUCUGCCGUCAGAUUUUGUCAAUUCCUACAGCCUUCGCUAGCGGCCAUCUUCUCGUCCAUCGUGAGAGUUGGAUCUGAAGGAUGUUGCAGUCUCAUGGAAUCCUCAAAGAAAGAUGGUGGCACCCGUGAGACAGAGCAUUGAGUGAGUAUAUCUCCCCUAAGCUGCGCCCCUGGGUGCCAAAACCAAGCGGAGAUAACACCAUCCGGAGUCUUGGCAAAAUAUGUAGAGAUCCCUUAAGGUGACAGAGCCGCUUUAAUUCAGCCAUUUUAACUUAAAUUGUACAGUUACUUUGUCCAUUCACAACAGUUUCCUCUGUUUAUGGGACAAAAAUUACGGAAGCAACGUCACUUAGCAAAUCGCAGCUCAAAUAUUUCUUUACAGUGUUUAACUAAAGUUUAAAUUGUUGUAAAUUAAAGGUAAAUAUAAAAUCUGUUUCAAUUUAGCUAAUAAGGCCUACAAUACGAAAUCCUGACAUUUCCCACGUUAGUAAGUAAUGCUGGUUGUGUUUCUGGCUGCGACUGCUUUUCAAGCGAGUUUUUGUUCCGUAGUUUCUGGAUACCCGCUAUUUGAAUAACUCCUGAUUUUACAAAUUAACUCUCCAUUUUGUCCUUUCUGAUUCGUGCUAAUAAAACGUCUACAGUGAACUUAAACCUUGGAAACCUAGUGCGUUCAGAGGCUCCAAAUAAAUGGAUCUCAGUCUCUUCCCAAACAGUUUGAAGUCAUUCACGUGUCAUUAGGACACUCACGAUGCUUUUAGAGCGCCCAAUUAGGCUGUUAAAGGUCUGUUAAUAUAUUGGUUUUAAGCGUAUCCCUGUGAAAAAAGGAUGUACCUUAAUAGUAAUAGCACCUUAUCUAAUUCACUCCUACGGUCUAAUGUCUGCAGUCUUUAGGCCGUUUUACAGACGACAGACACUGAGAGAAGAAAAGAGCUACGGGAGCCACAGAGGGAAACCUAUAAAGAUCAGUUAAUAAUCAUUAACAUAAAAUCCAUAAACGCGUGUAUAUGGCCUGGCCGUCCCCCUUGAUGCAAUAGUGAGAGCAUUAUGUCAGCGACCCAUAGCUGGACGCAUACCUGGGAGCCACCGAUCCACAGAAUUCCCACGCGUUAUAAUUCCAGUCAUGUUAUUAAAAUUUAAUCUGGGAAGAACCUAUCUUCCCUUGGCUAUUUUUUGCAUUUCAUUUUUAAGGAUCUAUUGCCUUUCCCUCUGGCAAGGAAAGGGUUAAAGAUAAAUGAUACUUUCAGUAAAAUAAUAAUUUGCAGUGUAGUUAUAGUCUGUCCCCCUAUCUCAUGUCUACCCCACCCACCCAAAUAAUUGUUCUUUUAUUUUUUUUUAUUUUUUUUAAAAGGCUAUUUAUAUUUGCAUUUCAGUGUGUGACAGACAUUACGGUGAGCCUUUCAUGUUAAAAGUGCUUUGUUUAACUUCUUUAACUAUUAGACCAACUUUGUAGCGCUAAAUAUAAAGUAACACAAACUUAUAAAAAUUAAAUACUUACAUAAUUUUUUUAUUUUUUUUUAAUCCAUCAAUUUUAAAAAGUCUAAAAGCAGAUGAAAAGACAUUAAGGGGUUUACACAAAGCAAAAUGAGAUGAUUAGCUCGUAACAAUGUAUACAUGCGAUGAAAUAGUUAUACGGAAUUUAUUUUAUCUAAAUAUAGUCAUCUUCUUAUAUAGAUGCUUAAAGCUAUGAAAUUACUUCUUUGACACUUGAAACGAGGAUGUAAAUUGGUUCUAUCACUUUCUAACAUUUUAUGAAUAUUUAUGAAAUAUUGAUACUAAUUGCAUUUAAAUUUCACUGAAAAAAGUUACCAUAAGGCAAGCUAGGAGCCAUUUUGUCUUAUGCUAAAUCUGAGGUUGACAAGAGACGGAGCUUCACCCUCAACUGUUGUCCAAUCCCAGCAGCCAUCAAAAUUGACGGCUGUGGGAUUCAGACAUCUAUCUAUGGUCUCACGGGAUCCUCUGUAGAGCUCAGUGUUACUCUUUGUGCAUGCGCGAGAUUACAGCAAUGACUAAGCUCCUGGCAAAUGAAGCGCCUAAGGAGCCUAAGAGGACAGCAGGAUGAAGGUGGUGGCAGCCCUGAAGGACAGCUUAAGGUAAGUAAAACUAACCUCCCUUGCACCCCGCGACCACCGGACCCCCAACAAAUCUGUCACUUUCGCGUUUUUUUACAAAGACCCCCAAAAGUGAGAGAUCCGCUUUAAAUCACAACCAUAAGAAUUUUAUUAUUUUGACUGUCUAGAAAUGUAUUACAUUUGUCACGCAAAGAAUCUUUCUAAAUAUUUCCAUGUGUUUAACAUAAAACACACUCUAUUCUUAGUCAUGGGGUAAUUUAUAAAUCCCUCUGCUGUAGUCCACUAUAAAACCAAGAUGGCUGCUCACUGAACCAUUUUAUUCUGACAUAUACAAAUUCUACCCACAUCAAAAAGGCCUGAGGCUGGAGAAAUACUACAUGAAUGUAAUUAUACUCUGAAUAGUCAGUCUCCUAACGAUGCAUUUAAAAAAUAUAUAUAAUUAUACAUUUUAAUAAUAGUAUUUUCUAAGAACUACAUGAGUUUUUUAUUUUUUUUAUUUUAAAUCAGUUUGCCUCAGAUGACCUUCCUUCAGUAGAGCAGAACUACAGCAAAAUUUCCAACUCAGCUACUGGUAUAACUCUGCUGUUUUGGAGGGCAUGAAAAAUUCAGUGUUAUUUACUAAAUAGUGCAUUUUAUGAAUUCUGCUAUUAAAUUAACGCUCCAAACACCAUAACCACUACACCUUGCAGACGUUUUAGAACAGUCUGGCUUCUUACCUGGAUCUGCGGAAUACCACUCCCUGCCUCCACUACAGGAGCACUGAACGUUCCUGCUUAGGUGUUUCUGUUAGCUCUCCUAAACUGAGCCCGACAUUGCAAGGCCAGGCCAUUGGCUGAUAGUCAGCUUGGCACCAUAACCACUGCAUAGCGCUUGGAGUGUUCCUUUAAGGUUUAGUUCCCCUUAACUCACUGCUUAGUGAAUAUGUCCUUUUGAAGAGGAUAUUAAAAUGAUUCACUACUUACAUACUGGAGGAGGGGGGUUAUUCGGUGACCAGUGAAUAAUAGCCGUGUUUGGACAGCUGGCUAGUAAACCUACGUCAAGUUAAAAAAAAAUCCCCCAAUUGUGCACUAAAUUAUUAAUAAUUGUAAACUGUAUCUGUGAGGGGUAUAUUUAAUAAACCAGAGAUUGAGAGAAACUGACAAGGCCAGAAUAGACAAAACUGGAAUUAUUCACCCAGUCUGUGAAGUUGCAGUCGUACAUCUGCUAAAACAAACCCCCAUCUCUUAUUACCAAAUGAAUAAACAGUCUGGCUCAGUCUGUGAAUGACAUGUAGUGCCAUACUGCCCCCUAGUGUUUAGAGAGAGGCAUCUGUUCAGUCACUGUCACUCUAGAUGUUUAAGUCCCUUAUUGUCCUAUAAGACACUCGUAGUGUUUUUAUUCCACUAUCUGUAUACUCCACGGACUCUGUUUCUGAGAUUCACUGGGUCUAAAAACAGACGUUUUGGGAAUCAAGCCAAGACUGAGAUAGACCGCUGCGGGAAGAACAUCUGGAACUCGGUGAGAGACCCAUCUAAGAUGAGAUGAGACAUCUUCUGGAAUGCCCCCGAUAGGCUUCCCCCCUCCUUACAGUACAGAGUGACGGGACAGACAGAGCUCAGCUGCAUAUUAUGAUCUCUCGAUUUCGUUUGGUGUCAUUCUCCGCAUUAUAUCAUUUUCACUCAGAGAUAGUUGGAUGUUCCCGUUUGUUUUUAGCAAAAUUCAAAAAUUAUAUGAUGCAGAAACCGUAUUUUUUUUUUUGCUAGUAAUAUAAACUAUCUGGUUGGUUGCAUCCUAAUUUACAUGAUAUUUGGAAACACCCUGCCCCUGCUGAACUUACCUGUACCUAAGUGAUGUCAUCUGAGACUCCUAUUCUACAUUCUUUAUACCCCUCUAAUUUCUACAAUAUAAUAUACCGUUUUAUAUAUGUAUCUUUCUUUAUCUGUGGUGUAUCACAAAAAGGUUUGAGAACACUGGCGUGAUACAAGUUUUACAUCAUUUUUAAGGGACAAAUUAGGCACCAUAAUCACUACAGCUCAUUGUAAGGGUUAAGGACUAAAACAGGGAUAGGCAACCUUCGGCACUCCAGAUGUUGUGGACUACAUAUCUCAUAAUGCUCUUACACCCAUAAUGCUGGCAAAGUAUCAUGGGAGGUGUAGUCAAAAACAACUGGAGUACCGAAGGUUGCCUAUGCCUGGACUAAAAGAUCGCUAUUAAAAUAUUUUGACAAAAAUUGGGGCUGCCGUUGCCUCGAGAAACAUUUAGCAUUACCCCAGCCACGGCAGGGGUACUAACUUUAGGAUAUAAAUGGAUAUAUAUACGUCAUAUGCUAAUUUAAGUAGCUAAUGACAUGCACUCAAAAAUUCGAUUUGAAAUAAAGCAGAAACUGCCACUCACUUCCAUUAUGAAACCCAAAUCCACUAAAAGUCUGGAACGUGUAAAACACAAUGUAAGAACACUAACCACAGUCUGACAGUGUGCUAGAUGUUCUCAGAGUUCAUUUGUAUGGUAUCUAAUUAACCAAUAUCUUGUAACGGUUGUGUCCAAGACAAGCAAGUAAUUUGAAGGAACAUUGCCAUCAAAAACCUCAAAAUUAAAGACCUUGUUCAUUUGAGACACAGAUCUGCAAAACCAGUGAUUAACUGCCCUAAAAUAGAAGGUCGGCUAAGUGCUACAAACUAAAUGCUAUAGCCUUAUCUCUGGGGAGAAGAUUACGGAAAGCUAACCUAUGCAGAAUAAUUGCUGCAAAUUAGACAUUGUUUAGGGUGAAAUAAGACAAAACUACUUGGCUAGUUUAAUGUGCUCAGAACUUGGACGAAUUGAAAGUUGGAAAAUAUUUGAUCUCCGUCGCCAAGUAUUUUUGAAAUUAAAAGGGAACUCCUGACGCCUGUAAGUGUAUCUCCGUACGGCCGAACACUGGAGUUAAGAAACUGAGAAGGGCGAGUGUGCCAUGCAUACGUCAUCUUACAUCUUUUAGAUUGUAAGCUCUUCAUCUACAGUUCCAGUAUGUUUUAUUAGAAUUCAAUAUUUGUCUUGUUUACCUAUUGUACGUGGAAUAUGUUGGCGCUAUGUAAACAAUUGUAAUUGUACAUGUGCGUCAGAUUGACAGACAGCCCUGACAACCAACCGCGGCUGUCCAUGCGCGUCCAGCUACGAACGCACUGUGAAAUGAGUUGAAGUGCCCUGCGUCUGCCUUGUGUAGGGGUCCCAAAUUAAAACUGUCACUCUGGAUCCAGGAAAUGUAGGAGCUGUGAUCAUGCCGUGCUUGAACUUCUGUGCCGUCUCGCAUUUCUCAAAUACUUUGCUGGUAUUUAUAUAAUUGCGUGCACAUGAUGUCAGACUAUGUCAUUAGAUGGGUGAAAUGACAACCACUCUCAUUUUUCACCAGAACGCUGCCUGUCAUUCUUCUUGUUGAAGCAAGUCAACACACACCAUGUGAUAUUUCACAUAUUUAAUCCAAGAGUAUGGCUUGCAAGCGUCUUGGGAGCAGUAUUUUUGAAACAGCUGGGGGUCUUAUGCUUGCUCUGAUCUAACGUGAUUGAAAGCGAAUUUUCGUAGUUAUUCACUUAUAAUGAGUCUAUGGUAAGGUAACGUCAUAUUGUGUGCUUGAUCUGUAAAUUGGCCAGAGCUAAAAUUUUCCAUUAGGCAGAACAUCUGGAAGCUGAAUUUGUACACUCCUUUCCCCCCCAUACCCAGCCUUGGCUGCUCUGUUAAUCUGUCUGUCAGUUCCAGGUUAAGGUCUGAUCAUCCUCUAAUUAAGGUGGUGGGGGGGGUAGGGGGGGAGUCUAGCAGAUGUAUAGGCAGUCAACAAAAACAGUCUUGGCUACUUCAUCUAAUGCUCGGCAAAACCCUGAAUCCUGCACUACUAAGACAGGCCUGUUACUGAGCUCCCAAUUACUGUGCUGUUACUGCACUCCCUGUUACUGGCCUGGAAGUACUACACUCCCAGCAUACCUCCCAAGUGUCCUGAUUUAGUACUAUUUUGACCCAAAUCUGUCUGUCCCUCUUUCCUAUCCUAAUGUCCCUAUUUUCUUUGCUGUGUCUGAGUGUAUAACAGAGCUCCACAGCAAUAAUACUCCCAGUAAUGUGUCUGAGUGUAUAACAGAGCUCCACAGCAAUAAUACUCCCAAUAAUGUGUCUGAGUGUAUAACAGAGCUCCACAGUAAUAAUACUCACAGUAAUGUGUCUGAGUGUAUAACAGAGCUCCACAGCAAUAAUACUCCCAGUAAUGUGUCUGAGUGUGAAACAGAGCUCCACAGCAAUAAUACUCCCAGUAAUGUGUCUGGGUGUAUAACAGAGCUCCACAGCAAUAAUACUCCCAGUAAUGUGUCUGAGUGUAUAACAGAGCUCCACAGCAAUAAUACUCCCAGUAAUGUGUCUGAGUGUAUAACAGAGCUCCACAGCAAUAAUACUCCCAGUAAUGUGUCUGAGUGUAUAACAGAGCUCCACAGCAAUAAUACUCCCAGUAAUGUCUGAGUGUAUAACAGAGCUCCACAGCAAUAAUACUCCCAGUAAUGUGUCUGAGUGUAUAACAGAGCUCCACAGCAAUAAUACUCCCAGUAAUGUGUCUGAGUGUAUAACAGAGCUCCACAGCAAUAAUACUCCCAGCAAUGCUGUCCAGUAAUGUGUCUGAGUGAUAACAGAGCUCCACAGCAAUAAUACUCCCAGUAAUGUGUCUGAGUGUAUAACAGAGCUCCACAGCAAUAAUACUCCCAGUAAUGUGUCUGAGUGUAUAACAGAGCUCCACAGCAAUAAUACUCCCAGUAAUGUGUCUGAGUGUAUAACAGAGCUCCACAGCAAUAAUACUCCCAGUAAUGUGUCUGAGUGUAUAACAGAGCUCCACAGCAAUAAUACUCCCAGUAAUGUGUCUGAGUGUAUAACAGAGCUCCACAGCAAUAAUACUCCCAGUAAUGUGUCUGAGUGUAUAACAGAGCUCCACAGCAAUAAUACUCCCAGUAAUGUGUCUGAGUGUAUAACAGAGCUCCACAGCAAUAAUACUCCCAGUAAUGUGUCUGAGUGUAUAACAGAGCUCCACAGCAAUAAUACUCCCAGUAAUGCGUCUGAGUGUAUAACAGAGCUCCACAGCAAUAAUACUCCCAGUAAUGUGUCUGAGUGUAUAACAGAGCUCCACAGCAAUAAUACUCCCAGUAAUGUGUCUGAGUGUAUAACAGAGCUCCACAGCAAUAAUACUCCCAGUAAUGUGUCUGAGUGUAUAACAGAGCUCCACAGCAAUAAUACUCCCAGUAAUGUGUCUGAGUGUAUAACAGAGCUCCCCAGCAAUAAUACUCCCAGUAAUGUGUCUGAGUGUAUAACAGAGCCCCCCAGCAAUAAUACUCCCAGUAAUGUGUCUGAGUGUAUAACAGAGCUCCACAGCAAUAAUACUCCCAGUAAUGUGUCUGAGUGUAUAACAGAGCUCCACAGCAAUAAUACUCCCAGUAAUGUGUCUGAGUGUAUAACAGAGUUCCACUGCAAUAAUACUCCCAGUAAUGUGUCUGAGUGUAUAACAGAGCUCCACAGCAAUAAUACUCCCAGUAAUGUGUCUGAGUGUAUAACAGAGCUCCACAGCAAUAAUACUCCCAGUAAUGUGUCUGUGUGUAUAACAGAGCUCCACAGCAAUAAUACUCCCAGUAAUGUGUCUGAGUGUAUAACAGAGCUCCACAGCAAUAAUACUCCCAGUAAUGUGUCUGAGUGUAUAACAGAGCUCCACAGCAAUAAUACUCCCAGUAAUGUGUCUGAGUGUAUAACAGAGCUCCACAGCAAUAAUACUCCCAGUAAUGUGUCUGAGUGUAUAACAGAGCUCUACAGCAAUAAUACUCCCAGUAAUGUGUCUGAGUGUAAAACAGAGCUCCGCAGUAAUAAUACUACCAGUAAUGUGUCUGAGUGUAUAACAGAGCUCUACAGCAAUAAUACUCCCAGUAAUGUGUCUGAGUGUAUAACAGAGCUCCACAGCAAUAAUACUCCCAGUAAUGUGUCUGAGUGUAUAACAGAGCUCCACAGCAAUAAUACUCACAGUAACGUGUCUUUAAACUAAAAUAAAUGUGUUUAGAAGACACAUUGUUCUUGUUCUAAAUUACAUUUUAGUUGUACAAAUUGUUAUUAGUAAGUCACAUAAAAUUUCUCAACAGCCCCGCCCCUGGCCAUACCCACACACACACACAGCCCUAGAAUAAAAGUUUCCCUCUUUGUCCAUGAAAUAUUAGUACUGACUCCUAGCGACGAGCCUAUUAAUUCUGUUAGAGCUAGUGAUAGUCCCAAACCUUCUACUAAGCUCCCAAGUGUCCCCUUUUAGGAAGGACAGUCCCAAUAUCGCCUUGUCCUCGCCUGGUGUUUCUCUUUUGCAGGUACUCACAACUUUGGUGUGAGAGUUUUACAAUUACAAUAAUUUACAACAUAUUCUGCAGCGCUGUAACAAAAGGUAAACAAAACAAACCGUAAAUUCUAACAAAACAUGAUUGACAUAAAACAGUAGGUAAUGAGGGCCGUGCCCAAACUCCCCUACAAUCUGUAAGUUUUAAAGAAAAUAAAUAUCUCUCAGUAACAUGAGUCUGAUUGGCAUACACACCAGGCUGAGCUGUCAAUCUUUGGGCAGAUCCGAUAUCUCUAUAUGCAAAUAUUGGAGCAUGUCUAAAGAACAUGUUGUACACAACGCAUUUACAUCAGCCUGACCGUGGCUUGGAGUCAAAGUUUCAUUUGUUAUUUCUGGACAAAAUUAAUGGAAAUAGGGCUUCAAUAAACACAACGUUUGUAGUCUAUAAAUGGUGGGUGGAUUUCUCUCCAACAAAUCUCAGCCAGCCCAGAUGUUUUGGGAAGUUAGCUGAGAUUUGUGGGUUUGGUGAUAUGGAUUACAAAUGUCGCCAUCGAGUUCCCAGUAUUUAAGAAGCUCUGAGGUGGCAAUGCAUUUAAACAUUUUUUUUUUUUUUAAAACAGUGACAUUGAUGUGCAUAACUGGCACAUUUUAUAUUAUAAUUACAAAUAUUUAUACAGCGCCAACAUAUUCCGCAGCGCUGUACAAUAUGUAAACAAGAUAAAAACUGAAUUCUAACAAAACACGUUUGACAUUCAGCAACAGGAGGUAAAGAAGACACUGCGCCAAAAGAGCUUACAAUCUUAUUUGACGCUGCUAGGGUUUAACUGGAGUUAUAGGGGGACACAGGGUUUGGGGGGGUUUGAGGUUAGUGUCAGGGGUGGUUAGCAUUCUGUAGGUCUGUUGUUUAUAUAGAUCAAUGCUGCUCAGACUAAGCAUCACCUUAUUUAACUCUGCAACUGGUGACACAGCCCUGGUGCAGAGCUCGAAGGAAGCUCUGCAAACCAUCAAAGGCUGUGGUGCGUUUUUCAUGAAUGGGGGGAGAGGUCGGAGGUCAAGGAGGGUGUGAGGACCAACUUCCUGGAACAAGAGUAUGGGUGUGAGUGGGAUAAUGAGACAGAACUGGAGAGAAGUAAACAGAGAGAAAGGGAGGAGGGUAACCAGCUCUGGGGGGGGGUAGGGAAGAUAAAAUACUGUAAAAUAUUAAGGAGUGGUGUUAACCCUUUCUGGGAGCCGUAGUUAUUUAUUAACUCAGAAAAUACCAGCAACACCUGCACUGUGAAAUGUGGCCCCGAACCCCUUUUUUGGCUUUUUUGGCCCAAGAUUUAGAAUUUCGUUAUCAAAUCUUAGUCUUACUUUGGCAAAGUUUCAGUUUAUUGCAAUUCAUAGAAUCAGAAUAUUUAAGGGUUAAAUCAUGUAACAAAUAGAAUUCCCCCCUUUAAAAUAUCUUAACUUUUAAUAAAAUGCCACUUUGUGUUUGAAUUAAAAAAAAAAAAAAAAUUCUAAAAAAUAUAUAUGAAAAUAUCCAACAUUCGAAUAUAAAAGAGUCAGGAAUUUUUUUUCCAAUUCAGCUAUUCUGGCUAAGAUUUAGUAACUUUGUUUUUCAUAUUCACCACAAUUUGGAGUUUAAUUAUUAAUCCCCAAAAUGGAUAAUUUUAUAAGCAACUGAGGUUAGUCUUAUUGUUUGACUCUUUGACGUGUUAAAACACUGCAUUCUAAACUCAAUUUAAAGAGACUGCUAAAACAUAAUUUAUAAUUACAAUCUAUUUCAGACUGCAUGUUUUAGUUUGUUUUUGUUCUGUUUAUGCAUUAGUCCUUUUAUUAUGUCUCCUGGUCAUAAAAGAGGAAUGUAGAAAAAAGCAAAACCUUGAGCCAGAUUGAAUGCAGAAGAAUUACCCCUAGAAAGCAGUGGUGGUAUGGUGCGUCUGGACAAAUUAAAUAUUAGCGCAGCGGCGAGCAGACAGGACCGUACUAUUGUUUUGCAGAUUCUGUGUUUGCUCAAGCCUGUGGGAAAAUGGGAUGAAACGUUUCUUAGAGAAGAGAAGCAGUUGUACGUCUCUCACCCGUCCUCUGGAAAACAGACUGAGUGUAUAUUUUUUUGACAGAGAAAUUUAAACAUGGCUGUCAUCUGGUUUUCUAAAGAAUACUGCGUGCCAAUACGCACCAUCGCUACUUUGAAGAAAAAAAAAUAGUGUGCUUUAUUUUCAGAUACAAUCUUAUAGACCGCUAAGGGUUGACCGGGCUCCAAGUGAUUUUACAACCUCCGUUGUGUAUGAGUUUGGAAUCUUUCAGGUCAGCAUCUAUCAUGUACUGACCAGCAGCAUGAAGAUUGGAUUUGACCCACCCCAUUAUUAAAAUAGGUUUUUUUGUUUUUGUUUUUUAAAUGUCACCUUUAAAAUGUUGGUAUAAUAAUAUCUUCCUCUCAAAAUUAGCGAUAUUUUUAAUUUUGCAAACAGUUACAAACUAAUAGACAACCAUAGACACAAUAACACAUAUACAUAGACACAAAAACACAGUUGUGAAGCCACUACCCUGUUUAUUUCGCUAAAUUGGAUUUUUCUCGUUUGGUAGAUAAAUCCCCUGGCUCAUAGGUAGCGUUUGUUCCCUAUUUCGUGGGAACAAAACUACUGAAUAGCGCUCUCUUGGUUGGUUGGUGAAAGGAAGCAGGUAUUCGCAAAGUUUGACCGGCAUUCGUGAAGUCGAGUGUCCGAUUUUAGUUCCAGACACUAGAUAAAUCUACUGAACACCGACCACCCCCCUGGCACAUUAACUACAAAGGAAACCGCAAGAUUAAGUGCUCUCCCUGUGUGGCCACCGUUCGUAUAGUCGAACGCCACGUGCAGGAGAAAAUGGCGGCCAUCUUGUUCGCACGAAAGGAGGCAGCGGGACUUGGUUGUCGAGUGUCUGGAACUAAAAUCAGACACUCGACUUCACGAACGCCAGUCAAACUUUGCGAAUACCUGCUUCAUUUCACCAACCAGCCAGGAGAGCGCUAUUCAGUAGUUUUGUUCCCACGAAAUAGGGAACAAACGCUACCUAUGAGCCAGGGGUACCGUUCGUGGAUUUGUUUGGUUUUUAGACUUUUCAAAAUAGACCAACCGCACAACCUAAUCUCAUGGAACUAUUUCUGGGCAGGAGCCUGGUGCGAGGUCGGUCAAAAUGAGACUUUCAUGAAACUCUUGAACCCCUGAUCUGAUCUGGGUGUUUUUUGAAUAUGUUGGUCCCCCAGAUCAGGGCUAUCAGGGGACAUAACUUGUGUGGGGUUUCUAGGGAGUUUGGGGUACUUUCUGAGUUCUGUGAAAAUGUGCAUCUAAUGUGUGUGGGAGCCUGGAGUGUCCCUUUAAUGUUUCAAAUUUGGCAGACUAGAUGGAACAAAUGAUUUCAUGUGGCCUUUAUAAUACAUGUUCUGUACAGCUAUGUAAGACAAACAACAUACACUCUCUGCAGUUAAUUUUCCAAGGAAACAGGAAGCUAACAUGCUGUGUGUUUUACAUUUAAUACAACUGCUUUCAAACCAUACACCCUCUGCAGAACACAGACAAUGAGGGCGACUUCCAUCAUUAUUCUUCAUUAUACAUGGGUAAAACGUGGUACCCUGCCCUGCAUUCUCUUAUUACACCUGUAGGUGUCACUAUAUUUCCAGUUUUCCAGGCUUUUUUUAGCAUUGCAAUGACAAAGGGACAUUAUCAUGAAAAUAGUAAAAAUAAAAUACUGUACUUGUUAUUUGGGAUUUGUUUUUGUUUUUGUAACGUUAGUAAGAAGGUAUUUUAUUAUUGGAUCUUUUUUAGUGUUGAUUUGUACAAAGUUAAAACCAAAUGUUCUGAUGUGGGUUGGUUGGUUUAUGCACAUAUCUAAAUAUGUAGAGUUAAAAAAAUGGCAUUCAAUAAGUUAUGCAAAUAUCUGUAUUGUUAUAAAAACAUUGUCAUGCCAUAUCUGGGUUCCUUCACUAGAAAAGCUUUUUUCUUCACAAUUGUCCAGAGAAUUUUAAAGGAAGUUUAUGCCACAAUAGUCAAGAUUCAACAACUCAUCUACAGUUGCAAGAAAAAGUACACAUGGUGUGUUUAAUAAAAACAUGGCAACAUUUCAUUCUUUGUGUGUUAUUAGUUUAAGCAGAUUGUGAUUGUCUAUUGUUGUGACUUAGAUGAUGAUCAGAUCACAUUUUAUGACCAAUUUGUGCAGAAAUCUAUAUCAUUCCAAAGGGUUCACAUACUUUUUCUUGCAACUGUAUAAUUCCAGCUCAGCAAUAUAGACCAAAAAUAAGCAAUUCUUUGAAUAAACUCCUAUAGAUGCAUCACUUAAAUUUAAUUGACUGAAAAUAGAGCUGUUUUGAGCCAACAACACCAUGCAUAAUUAAAGGGACACUAUAGGCACCCAGACCUCAUCAGAUCAUUAAUAGAUCUUUGAGUUCAGCUCAUGAAAAAUGGGGGCAAAAACAAAAGUGUUGCAUUUAUAAUUUUGUUCAGUGUAGUUUCCCUUUGAGGCUAAAGAGCAAAAAAAGUUUGGAGUUUUCUUCUACAAUGGUAUUUUGUCCUACAGUUGGUACGGAAUGGGGUUAUACAAAUAACUGGAAUUUGCGCAGAAUUGAAAAAUAAACUCUAAACUCGGCUCAAAUUGGAAGAAAUAAUUGUUACUUUUAGCUGCUAUUAUAUGUGUUGUAUAUAUUAUAACAAGCAUUUAUAAAGCACCAACAUAUUCUGCAGCGCUGUACAGUUGGGGAAAAAGAGAGUACAAUAUAGCAAGAUCAAUACAAAGGGUAAAGUAUACCCUACCCGUGAGCUGAGAUCCAGCAAUUAAAGCUCUCUAUACAGAGUGCUUUGCUAGAUAUCCAGUGAUCUUACAAUCUAGACGUUAAAAUAGGGGGUGAAAUUUCGACUAUAUAGCACACGAGAAUUAAAGGAUAAUAUGGCUUCCAAAGUGCAGUUUGUGAUUCCCAGUCUAGUGUUCAGAUUUUGGGUGGCCAGAGACAACUUUAAUCAGGUUAUCUGUUUUAAUGCUGCCAUAAUAGUUUGUCUUUUCUUACUUUAAAACUUUGAAAAAGAAUGAAAUGGUGAAUAUGAAAGCGGAAAUGUUUAAUGGUAGUGCUUGCUGUUUAAUCUCACUGGGUUCGCUCCCCCUGGGAGCUAAGAGCUAUCACCCACUCCAAAGGAUGUUUGUCUUAAAAUAUGUCUUAUCUUAAUCUCACGAUAAGGCUCUCUGAAGUCUUCUCAGAUCACUAAGUGAGAGCAUUGAAUAAACUGCUAUUUUAUGUCAUAUUGUUUGUGGAGGAAUUACAGCCUUUACUGUAAAUCGAAAUGUUACCCCUUUUAUCUGACAGACAAAGUUAGGAGAUUAGAGGGAGUAAAACAUGCUUUUCGGAGGUACACCUGGUUUAUUCAAUAAAUGAUGAAUCGCAUUAAAUUGAAGAGUGAAUUGCAAGAUUUAGGGAACAAUAUUCAAUUUGGUUCAUUUAGCCUGAGCUUAGCAAUUCUGUUUUCAGGUCCCUACAAUCAGGGUUUAGUAAAUAAACCGUUAUUUGACAUUUAGGAAUUGUGGGGAUUUGCAGGAUUUUAGGUCAAAUGAGCAGAACUUGAAAAAUUCUCCAACUGUUAUCAAGGUUGAUUAUUUUAGCCUUAAAUUUCCAAUUUCCUCUUCAAUUAUCCACUAUUUCUGUUUUGGGGGAAUAAAAAUAAUUCCUCUUUUUCCUCAGUCCCCGUGUCACCUAUCUCACUCGAGCAGUCCCUAAUUUUCUGAAAAGAAUAAUGCUAUAUGUUAUUUAAAUAGUAGAAAGCAUCCACAUGUGAUAACAAGGGUUUUGGCAGCUUAUCUUGAUCCAGGAAGUCAAGAAAGUUUGGAGUCAAGAAAUAUUCACCUAUUUUUUGUGGCCGAAAUAGAAAUCAAUUUGAGUUGAGUCGUUUUAUUUGUUUUCGAAUAAGUAUAUAAGUAUAUUAAUAUGUGAUUAUGUAAUUAUUCUGACAUACCUAAUUCAUAGUUAAUAACAUGGGCCAAAGAAUGGAGACCGUUUGCCUGAUUUCUCUUAUUCUGUGAUACACUAUCAUGAAAUCCAUCAUACACUGACAGUGCCCAGUUCUCCAUGACAGAAAUACAGUUAUACAUUUCUGCCUUUUCUCCAGAAUCCGAUAUUUUCCCAAACCAAGUCUGUCCUCCCCCACACUACUUAUUUAUACAAGAGAAGGCCUCUGUAACGUGUUAGUGCUUUCUGAGUCAAUAAAUCUUCCUUCAAUUCAAGAUGUCCCCAGCCGAAGCCAACUGGUUUCGAUGGGAUUUGAAACAAUUUGACCAUCUAAGGAAUCAUUUGCUCUGUCAAAUGUCUGCACUAAAGCAAUUAUGUAAUUUCUGGAGAUUCUUUAGGUCCCAUACUAUUUUUAGGAAGAUGUGCCAUGGUUGUGAGCUUCUGUGAUGUUCUAUGUCACAAUUGGCACACAGCGGUUAGAUGCACUGCCUUGUUAUUAAGUGUAAAACCUGCGUUUCCACGUGUUCUUACAUAUGCCAAAUGGCACUCCGUUAUACUACAGAGUUUGUACUGUGUAAAUGAGGUCACAUUGAACGGUGGAGCUUGGCAUAUUCACAUUGCCCUCCUUUGUAAUUAUUAAAGUCCUUAAACUUGCCUUUAUUCCAGCACAGAGACAGACUCCUUGUGGCUGCCGAUCCUCCUCCAGUGAAGUCAUCAGUCAUUAUGCCUUUUGUCCAAUCAGAUGCUGAUUUGUCAAAUCACAUGGUGCAUGCGCAGCAAUCUAAUACUUCUCUUUGAUGCACACAUACGUUUUUAUGGACAUCAAACAAUUACGGAAUCUGUUCAUCCGACAGCCUCGAGUAGGCAAGAAAACAACAAAAAAAUGUAUUCUUAUUUAUUAUUUUUAUUAACUUGAAGAUUUAUUGAAGAUUUCCAAUAAGUAUAUUAAAGGACCACUCUAGGCACCCAGACCACUUCAGCUUAAUGAAGUGGUCUGGGUGCCAGGUCCUUCUAGGGUUAACCCAUUCUUUCAUAAUUAUAGCAGUUUCAGAGAAACUGCUAUAAUUAUGAAUGGGUUAAGCCUUCCCCCUAAUCCUCUAGUGGCUGUCUCAUUGACAGCCACUAGAGGCGCUUGCGUGCUUCUCACUGUGAUUUUCACAGUGAGAGCACGCAAGCGUCCAUAGGAAAGCAUUGUAAAUGCUUUCCUAUGCGACGGGCUGAAUGCGCGCGCAGCUCUUGCGCGCGUGCGCAUUCAUCCGGCGGGGCGAUCGGAGGCGGAGAGGAGGAGGAGAGCUCUCCGCCCAGCGCUGGAAAAAGGUAAGUUAUUACCCCUUUCCCCCUUCCAGAGCCGGGCGGGAGGGGGUCCCUGAGGGUGGGGGCACCCUCAGGGCACUAUAGUGCCAGGAAAACGAGUAUGUUUUCCUGGCACUAUAGUGGUCCUUUAAUAGAAAUAAAUCAAGAAAAGUACAUAUUAUUACUUGUGUUAACACAAUCUGUGUAAUAUAUACAAUCCAGACUCCCGAGAGCUAAACAUAGCCGAGGUUUUAUUUCACAUGUGAGCCCAGUAAAGACUAUUUUAAAACCAACUAAAGCGUUGCAGAUGUCACCCCAGUAGCUGUUACCUCGCCCUGAAUUCAUUACAAUGUCUGUGAAGUGUUCGACAUGGAGGCCGCGCUGGCACAGCAAAAAUUAUUUGGAACAGGUAGGAUCGAACAAUAUUCAUGGCGUUAUUCGCUAAAACGAAAAUUAUACAGAACUGAAAUCUGAGUGGCAAAAUUUAUCCUGAAAUAGCCAAGCUGUGCUGAGCUGGAGAAUUUUUCCAGCUAUUUUUUUUGUUUCUAAAUUAGCUUUUUGAUUUCAGUUUGGUAUAAGGAAUAACAUACAUCCCAAGUGUCCCUAUUUAGCAGUGACAGUCCCUAUUUUGAGCCCAAAUCCCUCUGUCCCUCUCACCCAUCCUAAUGUCCCCCUUUUCUAAGAGCUUCAUGUUGUUGGUGUGUCUGAGUGUAUAACAGAGCUCCACAUCAAUAAUACUCUCAGUAAUGUGUCUGAGUGUAUAACAGAGCUCCACAUCAAUAAUACUCCCAGUAAUGUGUCUGAGUGUAUAACAGAGCUCCCCAGCAAUAAUACUCCCAGUAAUGUGUCUGAGUUUAUAACAGAGCUCCACAGCAAUAAUACUCCCAGUAAUGUGUCUGAGUGUAUAACAGAGCUCCACAGUAUUAAUACUCCCAGUAAUGUAUCUGAGUGUAUAACAGAGCUCCACGGCAAUAAUACUCCCAGUAAUGUGUCUGAGUGUAUAACAGAACUCCACAGCAAUAAUACUCCCAGUAAUGUGUCUGAAUGUAUAACAGAGCUCCACAGCAAUAAUACCCCCAGUAACGUGUCUUUAAAGUGUUUCUUCGUUAGGAAUAUACGAUAUGCUGGUAUAUUUUGCGGCUGGCAGCCAAACAGCCAGCCGCUUCUGCGGGCAGGGGAUGAGAGAUGGCAAUGAGAGACAGGGGGCAGAAAUGUCACAGAGAAGCUAGUGGCAGAGAGAUGGCACUGACAUGUUGUUUGCAGCCACAGUUGGCACUGGCAGGCUUUUUGGACGCACAUAUGGUGUAUUGGCAUGAUAUAAAAGGUUUAUGCAUGCGGUGCAGUAAUAGCAUUCCCUGGCUUGGAAGUCAUUCAGAACUCUUUUUACUAAAUGCUUGCCUGGUUGGGGAGAUCUCCUUUAUAUAUUAAUGAUAUCCAAGUGUCAAGUGGGCAAUUACUCCCCUACUCUCUAAACAAUUUUCACAUCUAAAUGCUAAAUUGCAUAGCACUUUAAUUCUUUCUAUUCAAUUAUCUUAUUUGUCUAUUAACACACCUAUAUUGUUCGUGUACUUGUCUUUCACCCGAUGCUAACGGGAUGGUUGGUAAAAUUGUACUAAGGGCCACAAAACAGUCCCCCUCCCCCCCCAAGUUGCCAGUCCUUCCCUGUACCACAAUGACUACUUCAAAAAGCAGAAGUGGUCAUGGUGGUUGGAGUAACUCUUUAAACUACAAUCAAUGUGUUUAGAAAUCAGUCUGUGUAAAUAAGAUACAUUGUUCUUGCUCUGAAUUAGUUUUUGUAUAAAUUGUUAUUAGUAUUUUCUCAUAACAGCCCCGCCAAUGGCCACACCCCCGCUUACACCCCUAAAAUGAAAGUGUCCCUCCUUGUCCAUUUGAAAUGUUGGGAGAUAUGGAUGUAUUUUUAUUGGUAAGUUAAAGAGCAGCAUAUCUGGGAGAUGUGAUAUAACCCAUCCUGUCUGGAAUUUGUAGGACAUUAUUCAUUGUACAGCACUACGGAAUCUGAUGGCGCUAUAUAAAUAAUAAAAUAAUAUUAAUAAUUAUUCCAUGGACUGGAAAUAUUAAUCAGAUAUAACUUUGAUUGUGAAAUUUAGGCUGGAAUCACAGAGCUCUGACUGUAUAUUUUCAAAUUAAUCAUUUUGUCCUAGCAUUAGUAAUUCAGUUUUCAAUUUGCUACAAUUUGUUGUUUAAUAAAAGACCCCAAGCUGGAUUUCUGUUAGCCCCUUAACCCCUUAAGGGCCAAACUUCUGGAAUAAAAGGGAAUCAUGACAAGUCACACAUGCCAUGUGUCCUUAAGGGGUUAAAGCCAAAAUAAGAUAUUGAGAAAAAAGGAUAUGGUUUGUAUUAAUACAGGAAAUGAGAGGUAAAACAGAAACCAUUCUCAGUGAAAGUGAAAGCCACCAGACUUCAUGUUUCGCAGAGAUUACUAUUACUUGGGAUGUAUUCAUAAAACCAGGGGAUUAUGGGAAAUCAGACCAGAACCUGCAACAUUUAGGGGAAAAAACUAUGAGCUGAGAUGGCGAUUUUUUCAGGUUUUGCUACUUUGACCUAAAAUGUUCAAUUCUUUUUUAUGUCACCAAUUUUGUGAUUUUGUGGUCUGGUAAAUAAAAGUUUGCUUUUAUUUACCUUAAAAAAGUCAGAUGCAUAUUAAGAAUUAACCAAUAUAAAAAUUCCUUUAAAAAAAAAUCAGUUUUAUAGCUAUAUGCACAAUAAUAACAUGCUUGCAUUUAAUUAUUUAUGUUUUCAUUUCGGGUAGAUCUAAAAUCACCUUGCGAAAGUUACAGAUCUCUUGUGUGCAGCCUUUGCAAGCCCUCCUCUUCUAACCCCGCCCAGACUUUUUGUUGCUGUCCAAUCACAGACGUCCCAAUGCAGCUCAAUGAGAAGUCUGUGCAAGGCAGGUGCUCUGGGCAAUUGUUGCCUUUUAAGUUUAUCUCCACCGAGCUAGCCAAGCUAUGAAGUAACAGGACCUGCUGUCUGAUUGACAGCCAGGGAGUGCAAACAAGGUUACUUGUUGUAAAAUGAAAAAUGGUGGUGGGGGGGGGCACACCGCAAGCUAGAGAUGCUUUAGGGAUCCAGAGUUUCCCUUUAACUACAAUAUUAAGUCAAGUGAAAUCUGUAAAAAAAAUACUGAACUAUUUCCCAAUACCUUUUUGCUCAGCCAAUCGAAAGAUAAGAUAUUUAGAAUGGGUAUUAAUUAAUGAGAAGCAACCUAAUGAAAAGCUCUAACAUGGAGCCAGUAUCAUACAAUACAAUGGUAUUUAUACCAGUAUACAACUUUUAUUUCAAUCCCUUCUGCUUAAAUGUCUCAGAGAGAAUGUCAGGUCACCACAAAUCAUGGUUUAGUGAAUAAGCCCCUCUGUCUCCAUAAAUUCUGCUUCUGUUCUAAGCUCAAAUGCCCCCCACCCCCUUUUUCUUGUUUGCCUCCUGUUAGGAUUAUGGACUGGGGGGUUAGCCAUUGUAUUGAGAGUUUAUACAAAGUGCGGCCUCCAGACUCCUCUCGGUCUUUUGUCUUGCCAGAGAAAGUCCUUCCAGCUUUUGAAUACACUCUUUUCUGUGAGGACAGGAGGAUUCUGGGAGUGUCCGAUCCUACGUAUUCACAUGGGCAUCAUCAGCCGCUCCUAAGCCAUAUCCCUGGGGAAUAAGUUUAAACGGUUGUUUAAGUGUUAAAGAGACACAACCCCUUGUGAAAACUAAUAAUAUGAAAAUUUAGGUAUUUACAAUUUGUGUUUUUAAGUCAAGUUUUAGAUUUUAUAAAUCUAGUUAUUAUGUCAGUUUUAAUGGCAAAGUAUAGAAUAAAUAAAUGCCCUUUCUUUUUAAUACAUUGUAUUGUAGGUAUUAAAAAAUGUAAAAUAAUGAAAAAUAAUGUUUUCUGCUAGACUUGGACACUCGUCUUUGGCCGAACUGCAAUUUGGGCCAAUCGGGUACUCUGUCUAAUUCCUGAACUCCGAUCCCAAUUGUACACGAAUUAUGAACCAACCAAAACAUGCAACGCCCAGCUUGUUUGUGAUUUUGGAUUCUGCCCAUUGCACACACACAAAAAAAAAGAGCUGAUUCAUAGAAAGAGAGAUGCUUGAUAUUUAGGGUCAGUCACUAAACAUGGAUUGUUGUCUCAGAUAAAGUCGCCAAUAGAGAGGAAAAAGAAGGAGCCGUAAAACCAUUAUCUAUAUUUAUAUAUUCUGUAUUUAUUAAAUGUAAAUGUGCUUUUUAUUACUGCUGACUCCUGUCCUUAUUAUUUACUUUUUCUCACUUGUUCUGCGAGCCAAUGGCUCCUAUCAGUGCACUGCAAAAUAGAUACAUAAUAUAUUAUUAUGAUUAUUGUUAAUAUUAUAUAUAUAUUUUGCAGUAAAUUGAUUUCCUCGACAUUUCAGUUUGCUUGAUUUGUUGUUGAAUAAGGUUUUUAGAACCAAAAUUCUACCGAGCCGAACUGACAUAUGGCCGAAAUUUGGGCAUUGGGAAAAAUAUUCUAUAUUCAAGAAAAAAGGUUUAACUGAGCUGAAUUACUCCCCGUACACAAACCUGUCUUCAAAUGCUAAUGGCCCUUGCAGGACAAGUGUAAGUGACAGACAGAUCCUUCCCUCACCAAGGAAAGGGUCCAGCAAUCAAAAUCCGCUCAUUGAGGGCAAUGUGUCAUUUUAUAUCUUAUAAACUCUAUUCAGCAUUCAGUUAAUCUGAUUCAUAGUUUAUAUACCAGUUGCAGUUCCACUCAUCAAAUUAAUCACACCGCCAUUGCUAUGAGUUUACACACAGAUUGGGAACGAGCGAGAGCUCAGAUUAAGUAUGCCCCACUAACAAUAUGGCCAAAAUUGGCAUUAGGUAGCCAGGACCUGAGGGUGUCUGCUGCUGGACUGACAGCUCUUGAGGGCUGUCUCAUACUUAAAGUGAUUUUCAUACGUUGUUUUUUUUUGUUCUAUGCCACUCUCGUUUUUGAGCUUAAGUGUAGGGUACUCUCUGCACAGGCAAUUUUACAGCUUUGCAAAGUUGUUAUGGUGUUUAAUGCGACCCUUUAAUUGACACCGUGGGUUAUUUAUUAAGCUGGGAAUUAUGGAGAGCUGGCCGCGAAGUUGCACAUUUUACACUAAAAUAGCCACAUUUAAAAUGAUUCCCUUACAGAUUGGCCAUUUUGGUUUAAAACUUGCAGUUGGCAUGACACUUGUCCACCGUUCUCUGCUCUGUAAAUAAACGCCAUUGAUCUGACAUCCCUGCCUUGUAGCAUAUUUAACACGUUGAACUUGAACCUCAACGUUCUGUCCCUGAGUCGGGCACCAGUUGUUUAAACACAUAUAAAAAUGCACAAAAAUGCGACCAGCAAGAAAUUAUGGGACAGAUGCAUACUGGUAAAUAUACGGUGCAUGGUUAAUGUACCAAAUCUAGGUAAUAAUAUCAGUGGGUAUAUAUUAUUAUAUAAGUAAAGUAUUAAACAGAUUCAUUGUUGAAUAUAUUAAUACAUUGUAUACAUAAUAUUUAUGAUCACGAUGCUGUGAAACGAAACGUACAAUUGUGAUAACAUACAUCGCAUCCCAGUUAAUGAAUUAGGGGUUUAUUUACUUAACAGUGACACGUAAAUUAUCUGAUCAGUGCACUUAGGGGAUUAUUUAAUAAAUGGUGACUUGUGAAUGACCCCAUGUCCAUACCACAGUGAGCACGAAAUAAUUUACUGUUUAGUGGAUUCCAUCAUUUGUCUCGUCAUCCACCUCAACCUGUGCAGCCCACGUUAUAUGAAUAUGGCGAGCAGGUAAAUGGGAAAAAACAAGGAUCUGCGUUUUGUGUUUGUAGCAUACUGCUAUUUCUUUUGCUUUACUUUAAUUUAUAGACCAUUAUUCCACAUCUGUGUGAUAUCAUCAGAAAUUACCUCCUCAUCAUCUCUCUAACGCCUUAACAAAUCACAAAGAAUAUUAUCUGGGAUAUUCGUUACAGAGCGUUCAGCUUCAUUGUCUCUGCCAUCCAGUUUCUCAGUUUGAUUGUAAGCUCAAUGGCUGGUAGAACGUGAGAUUCAGUUUUGUGUGAAAGAAUUUUGCCGUUGUUUUUAUAUAUAAUUUUUUUAUUUAAAGCUGAAAUAAUUACCUCAAUAAUAAAAUACAACCAAAAUAGAACAUAAAUUAAGUUACCAAACUAUCAAACAUGCUAAUUUGCUGGUAAUUAAACACACCCAGAACUGCACAGUUUCCCACUGAAUGUAAGUAAAUAAUGUUCUAUGUAAAACCACUUUUUCAAACUGCAGAUUGCGUAGAUACAGUUCUAGAACAAACUUGAAAAAAAGCGCCUCACCCUUUGUAACUCACCUGUCACAACACAAUAUGUUACUGAAUGUCACAAUGUGUGCUAACAAAACUUUCUGUCAGACCUUUAAUUCCCUGGAUAAUUCUAUGAGAUUUUCGGAGCUAUCUCUGUAGAGCGUUAGAUCAUCUCUUGGGGCAGAUUGUGUCAUCUUGGAGCAGAUGCUUUUUCUUUGAUCUCCGUCGCACGAAUGGGUCGUACGAAUUCAGCUCCAUUUUAGAAAAUUGUAGGUUUCUCUCAGCAAGUUAAAGUAAUCUCUGUCUAUCUCAGACUUGAAUUCAACGUGAAGUGUAGGAUGAGAUGUGGAAGAAGUCAGGAUGUCUGCUGUUAUGGUUAAGAAGAUGUCCUGGCGGUACCCAUUGAUGAAGGAUCUUUAUUUGUCUUUAGAGUGGGUCUUCUCUUUUCAAACAUCUGAUCGGGGGAUGAUAGGAGGUAAAAAGGGGGGGGGAUGCUCUGGGCAGGGGACGCUCUGAAAAGAUUACGAUUCCCAAUUCUGGUCACGUGUUCGUAUAACGUAGGGGUCUUUGUUGUCUUAUCCCAGUGGGGCGUCUUCUGUGGAGUGAGAGAAUGGGAGAGAGAGACCAGCUUGCUAACCGUAAGGUGUAGACACUUUGUGUCUUCAUCUAAAAGCACAAAAAAAAUCCCUGGAUAUUUUCCUGGAAAUUUCUGAUUGUUCGGAGGCCGUAAAGAAAGACAGUCGGGGCUUCUGUUAGCAGAAGAGGGGUUCUAAACCCCCCACCGUUUUAUCACGAUUAAGAAAGAGGUAUGUGUUUGAGAGAUUGUGGCGAAGGCUUGAUAAGGGGUGACUGAUCAAUAUCUCCUGAGCUGAAUGAUAACAGAAUAAAUUAUGAAAUCUAUCUCAUCCGUUAUGUUAACCUGGCCCACAAAUGCUGCCGGAUGCUUCAUGGAUUUAUCAUCCUGCAAAAUAACAUUUAAUAGCCUAAUUGCCUUUAAACUCAAAUGACUUCACGGAAUGCUAGGGAACAAUUAUCGGCACGGUAUACAAUUUAACAGUCUGUAACAUUCAGCCAAGGAGGAUUACAAUAAUUAAUAUCCUGGGACGCUGGAAAGAGGCAAAGCCGGAUAAAAUUAUACAGCCUUUCGAUAGCUGGCUAAUCAUUAAAGAGAAUCAGAUCAGAAAUUCAGAAUCCGUGAAUACAUAAUGUUUAAUGAUCAAUCUUUGUGUUUGGUGGGGAACCUUUAGGAAAGCAUUAUGAGAUGGUAGAAUUGGAGAGAUAGCCGUCUGUGUGACUUAUUUACCUGUCGGAAGUUCCAGUGGAUUUGUUAAUUUAUUUACAGUGGAGCUAUGCAGUUUUACAAUAAUUAAUUAUUUUCUUGAGCAAAUUGUUCUUAGAAAAAGUGGCACUUCACUUGUUGUGAACCCCCAAAAUCCGUUCUGCUUUAAUAGCAAAAUGUGUCUGAUCUUGUUAUAGAUUAGAAUAACUGUAGAAACAAGUGCAAUGCUUUGUGGGGACUUACUAACUGUAUGGGACAGCAAGUAACAUGCAGGAGGCUAUUCAAUAUGACAGAUUAAUCAUGGUCGACUUCUUGUGAAUACAUCAUCUUUUAAAGGGACCAAUCUUCUGCCACUAAAGGUCAAAGGUUAAUGUGCAGCCACUUUCAUUGAUAUCACCAGGGCCCUUCUGGCUGCCAGUGGAAGCUGUGGCUUAUUAUUUUUAUAUUCUACUAGCCACUAGUAUUCUUUGUAUAAUUAUAUUCACAAAUGAUUUUGUCAGAUGUUAUAUUACAGGAUAUUUAAUGGCGGUGUAGCACUAAUUAACACAAACUUUCAUGAUAUUGUUGUAGCUAAUAUUAUUAUGCCAACAGUAUAAGUGCCAACAUUUGCUGCAGCGCUGUACAAUGGAUGGACAAUACACACAAGUAACUUCAAAAAUGUGUUUUAUCUACAGGCCAAUAUGGGUCAAGCAAGCUUGACAAUUUAAAGGGAUAUUUGUUUCUGUAGGAUGUAACAUAGAAUGCAGUGUACUCUCUGUACCCAGUGUAUGCAGUGUACUCAGUGUAUGCAGUGAACCCAGUAUAUGCAGUGUACUCAGUGUACGCAGUGAACCCAGUAUAUGCAGUGUACUUGGUGAAUGCAGUGUACCCAGUGUAUGCAGUGUACCCAGUGGCCUCAGUAUAUUUAAUGUACUCAGGGUUUCAUAUGCCCAAACUUUGCACAGUUUUUUUUUCUCUGGUUUUGGAUGCCGACAGGUCGUUUAUUGAUCUCCUGCUUACAUUAUUAGUGCUAAUUAGUAAUUAGUUGGCAUUUAUUUUUAUUCAUUUUAUGUCUGUCUGUCUGUCUUUGUGUAUGUCUGGUACCUGUCUCUGUUGCUGUACAUCAGUCUAGCAAUCAGUCUUUCUAACUGACUGGCUCUCUAGCGAUGCCUGUGUAUCUAUCUUUCUAGCUAUUAGUCUGUCUAGGUGUCUGUUUGCUGAACAAUCUGUCUGUCCAGCUGUCUCUCUAAUAUUCUGUCUGGCUCUCAUCCUAUCUAGAAGUCUGUCUCCUUUGCUGUCUGUCCAGGUAUCUGUCUGUUUAGAUGCCUGUCUAUCAGCAGUCUGUCUAGCUAUUUGUCUGUCUAUAUGUCUCUCUGUCUAGCGGUCUGUCUUGCUGUCUGCCUAUUUAGGUAGUCUCACUAUCAGUCUGUUACCUAAUUGUCUAGCUAUCAGUCUGUCUAGCCACCUGUGUUUCUGUCUAGCUAUCAGUUUUUCUAGCGUUCUGUCUGUCUGUCUGUCUAUCUUUACUCAUUGUCUAUAUUGUGCAUUAAACAAACAUUGCAAACAACAUAUGAUAGUCCACCCAUUGUAUGGAAUAAUAGAAAAAAGGUAAAAAAGAGAAUGUGUGGGGAACAUUUACAAAAAUAAUUCCCAAUGGCUAAUUCAAGCUUUCUAAAUACUUACAGAAGUUUGUAUAUAAUGUAUCACAUCCUACUAUAAAGUGGACCCAAUGGCAUCUAUAGAUGAGAGAACUGAAAGUAACACUGUAGUCACUAUAACAAUUUCAUUUUAUUAAAGUAUGAUAGUGCUUGGAGUCCCCUGUCGCUGUCCCUCCUUUCAGUUUUAAACCAUUUUUGAGCAGUUUAAAGGAAUUCUCCAGUGCCAGGAAAACACAUUUGUUUUCCUGGCACUGCAGGAUACUCUAGGGCCCCUCUACCUCCUACCCACCAUGCCAAGUUGCUGAAGGGGUUAAAACCCCUUUAGUGACUUACCGGAGUCCAGCGCCGAUGUCCCUCGGCGCUGGGUCAGGCUCCGCCUAUGCUUCUCCGCCUACGCCUACGCUCUCCUUAGGGAGACCUAAUGCGCAUGCACGGCCGUUGGCGGGGGAGACCUAAUGCGCAUGCACGGCAAUGGCCGUGCACGCGCAUUAGACCUCCCCAUAGUAAAUAAUUGAAUAAUGCUUUCAAUGCUUUCCUAUGGGGAUUUAGGUGAUGCUGGAAGUCCUCACAUAGCAUGAGGAGGUCCAGCGUCGUUUUAAACCACUUUUCGUGUUCUAUGAACAUGGAAGUCUCCUCUAGUGGCUGUCUCCUCUAGGACUUAACCCUGAAAUGUAAACAUUGCAGUUUAUGAAAACUGCAAUAAUUACACAUGCAGGGUUAAGGGUAGUGUGAGCUGGCACCCAGACCACUCCAAUGGGCAAAAGUGGUCUGGGUGCCCGGAGUGCCCCUUUAAGACUAAAUGAGGGUUCCUAGCUUUCCAUAGCUCCACCCAUUGGAGGUGUGACUAAGGCAGAGAUUACACACUUGCUUUUAGGCAUACCAAUUCAUACCUACAAUGCGCUCUUUGAUAGGCUGAAUGCAGUCAGCUGACACUCUCAGCCAAUCACCACCAUCCAUUGCUGCUCAUUAGCCUAACCAGCAUAGAGGAGAUUGACUGCUGGCAACUCUUGUUUAGUCUACAUUAGCCCAAGCAGUACAGAGGAGAAGGCCUGCUAGGAAUUUUCAUUUAGCAUUAAAACAUUAAAAAUGGUUAAUUGAUGAAUGGCGCCAUGGGACUCAAAAUGCUAUAAGCAUUUUAAUGAAAUCAAAGAGUUACAGUGCUUACUGUGUCCCUUUAAAUGGGCAGUUGAAGCACCAUAACCACUGCAGCAAAUUGUAGGUUUUAUGGAAUAAAGCACUUCUGGGCACUGCUCCACCAUUUUAUAUCAAAGAGACUUUUAGUGGCGAAUACUGUCUGGGACUUCAACUUACCCUCUGCUAAUAUGCUAACAAAUUACCAUGUUACCAAUGGUUGGCUGGGAGAGCUGGGCUAACCGUCCCCCAUCCACACUGAGUGGCCAUGCUGUAGGUCAGACCUCCACAACUUGGCAGUAGGGAGGGGCCAAAAUUAAAAAAGGUGAACCUCUUUGGGCUGCAGAUAGCUUUUUAGUGCCUCACUUUAUAAGUUAUAACACUGAUAUACAGAUACACACUGACAGACACACACACUAACAUAUACACACUCAUACUGACAGACACACACACACACACACACUGACAGAUGCACAGAUACACCUGAUGGGCCUCCUAAGAGUGCGGGCCCGCGGUGCAGCGCAGCCUGAAAUCCCGCUGGUCUUAUCUGGUGCAGAUCUUCUGUAGGUGAUAGUGUGGUGUAGUAGUUAUGGUGCGUAGAGUGUCACUUUAAAGAAAACAUAAAAUAAAGCAGGUUUUAUAUAACUUUCGCUCUUGCACCUCACGUCUAUAUUUAUUUUUCUCGUCCCCCCUCUUCCUGUUCACAGGCAGAAGAUGGGGUUUAGUGUUAAGGACGAUUGUACUGGCAAGACUACAAAAAGAUUGUGUCUUGGUGUAUGUUCCCAUCACUCGUUCCCAACAGAUGGGAACUGGCGGGCUGCAGCAGGCUGAAAAUGUUUGAAUCUCCACCUUUUGCCACAUUUUGCUAAUGAUAGCAUGUUACAUAAGACAAAGUGCUCCCUAAUUUAUCUUACGCUGUCUAUUAAUUGUGUUGGAAUUUCAAUAAUGCAUUCUACUUACAUUUGUUACAAAAAAACUCAAAUGUAAGAAUAUAGCUUUAACUUAAAAAAAAACAACCAAAUAUUUUUUAUAAAGAUACCAGUGUACUGGAUAAUAUAAAGUUUCCCUAGUAACACGAUAACAUAGUUAAAGUAAUAAUGAACUCUCCCAGAAUGCUCUGGGUAAGUCUCCAUAUUGUACAUUACUUUUUAUUAAGCAAUGAUCUAACUUCUAGUCUUUAUUCGGCUGAGACGUUGGACCCAGUGAUUAGUGUAUAAUGUAGGGGUUGUCUGAGAAUAACAUAUUAACCCCUGCAAGGAUUAUUCCAAGCAGUGUGAACUCUGUAGUGAUUUGAAGUGGUCACGGUGCCUGGCAUCUCUAUGUGCAGUGUUUUACGAUGAAACAUUGCAUAUACAGAGAUUAACUCCUUUGCUGAGAUGAAACUCCACCUUUAAAGGGACACUCCAGGCACCCAGACCACUUCUGCCCAUUGGAGUGGUCUGGGUGCCUAGACAGCCACUAGAGGGCACUUCAGGGUUUAUAGCACAGAUUUUCUGUGAAUAGCGUCGCUGGACGCUAUGUGAGGACCUCCAGCGUCGCUGAAAUCCCCAUAGGAAAGCACGGGGAGGUCUAAUGCGCAUGUUUUAACCCCUUCAGCAUCCUGGGAUGGGGGGGGGAGGGAGCGAGAGGGGACCUGCAGUGCCAGGAAAACAGUUUGUUUUCCUGGCACUGGAGAGCCCCUUUAACAGCGCCUUUGGAGUGUCACCAGCCAGCCUGGACUGGUUAAUGUAAAUUAUAUGCAAAUUUCAUUGUGCAGAAUGCCAGUCAUUGGCUGAGAUUGGUCAGCUGACAAUCUCAGCGAGUAAAUGGCCACUGCUGCGGCUUCCGUUUCCUGUAGCAGCCAGAAGUGCGUCACCAGACUGCCAGGGAGCCUCGGAAGCCAUAGGGACAUUGCUAAAUGGUUUGUCCUAUUACAAGUGGAACCGGGACAAGUUACUCCAAACACCAUAACCACUAUAGUGGGCUGUAGGACAUUCCAGAUAUAUCCUGUUAUAAGUGUAUUUGCAUGUUAAUCCUUAUAGGGUUAAAUUAAACACAAAUGCUGUAAUCAUUCAUUUUUCACUCAGGCCCUGCAAGGUGUCUGGAGGGGAUAAAAUGUGUGUAUGUUUUAUAUCAAAAUAGUGAGAUUAUUAUUAUAGCUCACCCUGCACCUGUUACAUUAUCUAAUAUUUAUUAUCGAUCUGUCCCUUAGCAGACAUAAUUAGUGGAAUUUUGAAACAAGUCUGCUGUUAUGCUGUGUGUAGAUAUAAAUGUACAUAUUUUUUUAAUGAGUGGUAUUUUAAAUAAAAUAUUUAGCAUUUUGGGAUGUGGAGAAUUGCUACAAAUGAUGCAAAGAAUAGAGUUCAUGAUUAGAUAGACACCUGGUAGAUUACAAGCACACGUUCUAUUAUUGACAUUAAUGGCUGCCAAUGAGACGAAUAAUUUUGAAGUAGUUAUAGUCUCAGCAUUACCAUACCUUUCAACAACAUGUUGACUGUAAUCAGUACAUGAAGAAGGCUCUAUACCUUGCAUUAAACACUCGGUUUGGCAAUCACAAUCCUUCCUGAUGCAGAGGAAAUUGAACCAUCGAACUUCAACAUCUAAAAAGACUACAGAAGUCACUGGCCACACUUUUAUAAUAAUUAACCAAUGCCUUGAUAUAUAUCAAGAAAAGUUAUUUACUGAACUGAACAUGAUCUGGAUUUUAAAUAUAGUACAAAAGAAGACAAAAAAAAAGGAAGCAUAGAUGUUUUCUCAACCUUGGAUUUUUUGGCCUUAAAUGGACACUCUGGACCCCUACAGUACUUAACCUUGCUUAAAUGCUUUUACAAAGCGUGAAGAUUUCAAUAGAAAUUGUCACUUUUAUAAAAUUACCUUCUAAACCCCCCCUCCCACUCUCCCUUCCCCCUGGCUAUCAAUCAGUCAGCCAGUCCUGUUACUUCCUGGUUUGAUUAGCUCAGUUGAGCAAUUACCCAGAGCACCUGCUUUGCAGAGACUUUUCAUUGAGCUGCAUUGGGAAGUCUGUGAUUGGACAGCCACAGAAAGUCUGGACAGGGUUAAAAGGGAACGUUUUGCAAAGGCUGCAGACAAGAUCUGUAGCUUUUGCGAACGUUUUUUUUUUUUUUAUAUAACCCAAAGUUAAAAAAAAAAAAAAGCAAAAUUAAAAGCAUGCAGGGAGUAGAUCUACCAAAUAGUGAUUUUUAUUUUUUUACUUGGCUAGUGGUGUGUUCCUUUAAAUUUGAAAAUCACUUUGAAUUCAUUUUGGAUUGUCAUUUUAGUGUGUUACAUUCAGAGUUCGAUCACUAAACUUUCCAAAAAAGGUGCAACAGCACAUUGAACGCCAUAUUGAAAGCGUCAUUCAAAUGAUAGUGUGCAAACAAUAGUAAUUCUGGGACAUCAAAAUCCAAGUUUUUAUGUCUUGUGUUUAAUAUUGAUUUGGUAAGUUCAAACAUUAAUCAGAGCGUCUAAAGGCGGUAAACGCAAAAGUACAUUUAAAUUAUUAACCGUUAUUGAAAUAUUAUGUAUUCCUCUUGCAUUUAGAUGGAUCUCUAUAAAAUCACACGUUUGUGCAGUUUUUUUUCACCGCGUUUAUUUUUAUCCUGCGAUCUACAUUCGUUAUGUGUCAAUAAGUCAGGUGAUACCUUGUUAGCGGUAGCUGAGAAUGUUGGUCACACUCCAUCUCGUUAGGCCCUUAACCCUGUACCUGCUGGAGUAAGCAAGAUAUGGGGGCUAUUCACAAAGUUGUGGACUUUGGACAAUUGACAGGAGAAUAGCAAAAUGUUUGGCCAAAUAUAGCUAAAUGUAAAAAAAUAGCCAAGUUUGAGAAUUGUCCAAUUUAGUUAAUUUGGCUUAGAAUUUGCCAUCUCCUACAAUUUCUGGAUUCGUGAAUAAGCCAGUAUGUUUCUGGUGCCUUACAAUACAUCUGAUGAGGUUGACAUAUUAGAUGAGUAAUGUUAUCCCAUGGAUGUUGGGCUCCCUGCGGGCACAGAUGUUUAUUUAUAGAGUGGACUAUAUGACUGUAUUGGAAUAACAUGAAUUCCAGUUGUGUAGAAAGACUGGUAUGGCGUCCUGCUGUACGCUGCGCUUCGGGAAUCAGUAUGACAGACUGGGCUGUAAUGUGACACAUUAGGGAUUGAACAACCCCCCCUUCUCCCGCAUUCUCUCUCUGCACACAGAUUAGCUCCAGCAAGACCGGCUCAUGAUUGCAUUAGCAGUGAAAGGGUUAAACAUUGAUAGUUAGCCUUUGUCAUUCCUACUGUUGAGGACAGCAUUUCCCGAGAAGCUCAGCCAUCCAUUUCAGCGAGUAGAUUUGUUUGUCUGACCAGUGUGGUGGUCAAUAGCAAUGUGGUUCCUCCAUAGUGAAUACCGUAGGGCCCAAUCUCUUAGGAAAGGCCUAGGUUUAAAAGCCAUAGCUGGCAGUCAAUCUAACCCUGUACAAUGCAUUAAUAAUAUUUCAGGGCUUUUCACCUUAGAGGAAACAUCGCAUUCACCAAGUUGCAUACUCCUGUCUCUCUGAGAGGGUUAAUGCUCAUGCAAAGUCAUUUCUUCUUAUUUUCUGCUGAGGGUUUCAUUCCUGUCCUUACACUGCCUUCCCCUUUCUCUCAGUCUCAGAUCAAAGCCACGAGGCUCCCAGCGACAAGAUGGAAGAGCAGACCCUGACGCCAGCCGAAGAGAUGACGAAGGUGGAGACGUGCGAAGAUCCAGGCCGGGAGCCUUUCGGUUACGUGGGCAUCGAUUCGGUGCUGGAUCAGAUGAGACGCAAAGCAAUGAAACACGGCUUUGAGUUUAACAUCAUGGUGGUAGGUGUGUGUCGCUGCCCUGGAGUUAACAAUAGCAAUGGGAGCUUAACAAAGGCUCAGGUGCAGCGUGACAGAUGGUCUCACAGCGGCUUUUAACCCCUUAAGAACCAUUGAUAUAGCAUGCCGUCAUCACAAUCUGCUCCCUAAAGACUCUGUGCCAGAACAGAGCGUCCUGUUUGUAUUCCUAUUGGCAGCUCUAAACAGGGCAGCUGUCACUGAACGAGUGGGUCUUGGCGUCUUCAUACUGAAUCUGAUUACCAUGAUGUAAUUAUCCUCUCAUUGGCUAUUAAGGGGUUAAAAGAGUGCCUGAUAUGAGCAAUAUAUUGAUUUAUUGACUGGCUUACUUAUUCAUUUUAAUGGAAAUAGACCCAUGAGAUGUAUUCAUUAGACAGUGAAUUCUGGUAAAAGAAGAAAAGUGAAACUUGCAAGAUUAAGAUCAAAAUAGCUGAACUGACAUUCUAUCUAUAUAUGUUUCUAACUUGGCAUUUGUUAAUCCAAUUAUUUUUUUUAAGUGUUUAUAGCUCCUUUAACUGUUUAGGGAAUAAAGCCCCACCUCCCCCAUUUUUGUCCUCAAAAUAUACAGUAAAUGACAACAUCCAAUCCAUGCACCCGUUUUGGCUUUAUUUAUUUUUAUAAGUUUAUAAUGUGUGGACACAUGGCCUCCAUUAUAUUAAUUAAAGCAAUUAAUCUUAAUAAUGAAGCCAGUGGGUUAUACCCAAUACCUGAUCAACUCCCAAUUAAACACGCUCUAACACUCUGCUUAUAGGGUUGUUUCAGAUAUUUACAAAUUUGCACAACAAGCCUUGCUUACAUACCUUCCAAGUGUCCCUAUUUAGGAGGGACAGUCCCUAUUUUGGGUCCAAAUCUCCCUGUCUGUUUUUUCUGUCCUAGUGUCCCUCUUUUCUAGGAGCUUCAUAUUGUUGGUGUGUCUGAGUGUAUAACAGAGCUCCCCAGCAAUAAUACUCCCAGUAAUGUGUCUGAGUGUAUAACAGAGCUCCACAGCAAUAAUACUCCCAGUAAUGUGUCUGAGUGUAUAACAGAGCUCCACAGUAAUAAUACUUCCAGUAAUGUGUCUGAGUGUAUAACAGAGCUCCACCGCAAUAAUACUCCCAGAAAUGUGUCUGUGUGUAACAGAGCUCCACAGCAAUAAUACUCCCAGUAAUGUGUAUAACAGAGCUCCACAGCAGUAAUACUCCCAGUAAUGUGCCUGAGUGUAUAACAGAGCUCCACAGCAAUAGUACUCCCAGUAAUGUGUCUGUGUGUAACAGAGCUCCACAGCAAUAAUACUGCCAGUAAUGUGUCUGAAUGUAUAACAGAGCUCCACAGCAAUAAUACUCCCAGUAAUGUGUCUGAGGGUAUAACAGAGCUCCACAGCAAUAACACUCCCAGUAAUGUGUCUGAAUGUAUAACAGAGCUCCACAGCUAUAAUACUCCUAGUAAUGUGUCUUUAAACUGCAAUAAAUGUUUUUAAGUCAGUAUAAGUAUUAAGAAAAUUCUAAAAAAAAUGAUGUCUUCUUUAAUAUGAUCUACAAUGCUGUGACAUAGUUUUAAAUAAUAAAUAAAUCAAAGAAAGGUUUGGUGGGAAUCCCAGUGGCCCGCUGUGGUACUGACAAGGGCGCACAGUCAGGACUGUCCUGAUAAAUCUGUCACUUGGGAGGUAUGCAUCUUUUUUUCCAGCUUGGCUAUUUUAACUUAAAUUCUGCAAUUCUUUCUCUAACUCUGAGCAAUUCCCAGUUUAGUAAAUAAGAACUAAUAGAAAGGGAACUGCUACAAUGGCUCUAUUCUUGUCUCAGCCUGUAAAACAAACUGCUAUUUCUGUACUUCACCAAUAUUUGUGUUAAUUAAAUAGCUCUUGGUACUUAAAGGGACACUAUAGUCUCCAAAACAACAUUAGCUUAAUGAAGCGGUUUAUGGAUCAUUCCCCCUACAGUUUCACGGCUAAAUUCUCUGCCAUUUAGGAGUUAAAUCACUUUUGUUUCUGUUUAUGCAGCCCUAGCCACACCAACCCUGGCUGUAACUCACACAGUCUGAAUAAAAACACAAUGGUUUCAUUUUCAGUCAGAUGUUAACUUCCUUUAAAAGUGUUUUAUCUCCUGCUCUGUAAGUUGAACUGUAAUUACACACAGGUGACUUCUGCAGGGUCUAGCAAGCUAUUAACAGAGCAGGAGAUAAGAAAUUCUAUAUUAAACAGAAUUUGCAAUAAAGGUAGUGUAAACAUUACAUGACUCUUUACAGGAAGUGUUUAGGAAGGCUGUGUAAGUCACGUGCAGGGAGGUGUGACUGGGGUGCAUAACCCCAAAUGGCAGAUAAUUGAGCGGUGAGAAUGCAGGGGCAUGUUCCAUACACCAAAACUACUUCAUUAAGCUAAAGUUGUUUUGGCCAAUAGUGUCAAUUUAAAUCCUCUUCAUUCCAGGAGAACGCAUAUUUUGAAAUCUGAGACGGGGAAUUAUUUUCUAUAAUAAUGUUACAGCUUUUAGAAUGUGCAAGAUGAUGGGGUGGGAUGUGCCAAAGUCUUGAUUGAGAAUGUCCCCAAACUGUAGUUUAUUUUGCCUGUUUGUGUUAAUUGACAGUGUGUAAAGAUUAGUAAUGUCAACAUGGACAAGGUCUCAAUAAAAUAUUAAUUAAGAUAGUGCUUCUAACACCUUUCCUUUGACAAACACCAACGGACUGGUUUUUUAAUUUCUACAUGGAACCAGACUGGUGUAAAAAAAUAUCUUAUCUUGUGUACAUAGACAAUCACAGGAAUAAUGUAAAGAGUAUGAAAACUUUUUUUUUUUUUUUUUUUACAUUUUUUUUAUUAUCUGUAGGUCAGAGCGGUUUGGGGAAGUCAACCUUGGUCAAUACGCUCUUCAAGUCAAAAGUGAUCCGUAAAGCGCCUGGGUCGGGGAUUCCCAAAACAUUGGAACUCAAUGCGGUCAGCCAAGGUGAGCUAGUCCUUCAUUCUGGUCAAUUAGUCACGUCCAUCGCUGUAUGACAUGGGUGGGAUGGCGUAACAAUGAUAUAUUAUUCUUUCACUCUUUCAACAGUAAUCGAAGAACGAGGCAUGGAGAUGAGGCUCACAGUGAUUGACACACCAGGGUUUGGAGAUCAGAUCAACAACCAGAAUUGGUAAAAACACAAAAUACCGGCAUUUCAUCAGAACCUAUUAUUUCUCACACCCAGCAUGGAUGGCCCCCACCACCAAAAUAAAACACACCACAUCAUCAAUAACUAGAAAGGCCACUGCUUCACAUGUAUUCAAUAAAUAUAUUUAACAACCAGACAUGUAAUAAACAUUGGUGUAAACUCAUUUGUAAAAAUGUAAGUUAAACAACUUUAACAGUUCGAAAAACACAACUAUAAGUACAUUCUACAGCCUGAUCCAACUUAUUCGAUGAUAUUUCCAAACCCAUUGUAAAUCCUUAAAAGAUAAAUAGAUAGCUCCCAACAGCUAUUCACUAAGAUUCCCAUACACUAAGAUUUGUGGUUACUGCUACACAAAAAAAACCCAGUUAAUUUAAUUCCGUUUGUUCUAUCUUUGGUAGUUUCAACGUUGCUUUCCAAAUACUGCUUAAGAAGGCUUUAAUUAGAAAGUUGUCAAUAAGUUAUAUUUCAAAGGAAUUUUAAUGUUACUGCUAAGAGACAAAGAGGCUCAGGGAAUGUGUCUAUCAGUACUGUCUGUAGCUUUAAGAAGUGACCUGCGAGAGAAUAUUAUGUUUUUAACGUUAGAAACAGCCAGGCAUUGUGUUUCGACCACAUGAGUUAUGGGCAGAGUAGAUGAAUAGGGACCAUUGAAUGCAGAACUCAGAAUCCUUGUCUCCCUGAUUGUCCUAGCUGGGAACCAAUCAUCAAAUACAUUCAUGAGCAAUACGAGAAGUAUCUGAGAGAGGAGAUCCUGGUCAACCGCAAGCGUCGUAUCCCGGACUCUCGUAUUCAUAGCUGCAUCUACUUCAUCCCACCAACAGGGCACUGGUGAGUAAUAGUCACAUUCGGGAAACCCAGUGGCAAUAAUCUUGAUGACGAUAAUAUCAUAGCAAUGGCUCCGCUAAUGCCCCAACACAUGGCAUCUGGCCAAACAUGUUCCAUGCCAAAUGCUUGCUACACCAGAGACCUUUUCUAUGGUAACAAUGUAACAUAACGGCCCAAGGCUACUGUUGGUGGAAAGUCCAUUCAACAUUAUUCGACAGUUCCUUAAAGGCUUUUGAUACAUGAAAGACAUAGAGAUAUUAACUUUUGUUCCUCUACACCCAGGCUACGACCUCUGGACCUUGAGUUCAUGAAACGGUUGGGCCGGAUUGUAAACGUUGUUCCUGUGAUCGCAAAGGCUGACACUCUUACCCUGGAAGAGCGAGAAGAAUUUAAACAGAGAGUAAGUAGUCAGAGAAUGAGAAUCUAACAGUUUACAGAAAAACAAUGACCUAUGAUUAAGUGCUUACUGUAUGUGAAGUUAGGAAAAUGUCUGCUUCUAUGUUAAUGUCCCAUACCCUCUCUGAAUGUCUGCAAGAUAUCAGGGUAUAGUAAACGUUUUAUAUGUACUUUUAUCACCUGAAUUAAUAUAACAAGUUAACAAAUCCAUGAAAAAAUACAUUGACAUUUCAAUAUUUCAUAAUUUACAUAAUUAAUAUGAUCGUGUGUUAUUUCCAAACAGCAAUCUAUGCAAAAAGUUGCAAUAAUAUCUUAUAUUAUCAUCCUAUCUGUGCAGCCCAUAUUUCAAGUAACUGUUAUACUAUUCCAUUUUCUAUUUUAUAAUGAGAAGUGUCUCUUGCUGUUUCUCUGAUUAGAUAAGGAAGGAUCUGCAAGCUCAUGGGAUCAGUGUGUAUCCACAGCUAGAACUGGACGAAGAUCCGGGAGAGGCCUUACUCAACGACAAAAUCCGGGUGAGUGUCUCCCAGCGGUUAUAUAUCCCUGCUGUAUGUUAUUGGUUAUAGUCUAUAAAGAUAUCUCUUAUAUGGAUGAUCAAUGAAAAAAAUUUAAAAUCGCCAUUUUUUAUUAAGAAUAGGCAUUUCCUGUAUAGGUAUUACGUUGAUGUAUCGGCCUAUGUUUUUCAACUAAAUUUUCAUCCAAGUUUGACACAAUAGGGAUUGUUCAGGAGUGGCUUUGGGGGCUGGAGUUCCAGAUGUGGGUCUCUUUAGCCCUGGAUCCCUUCAGGUGGCAGAAUACAAGGGAUAUUAAGGAAACUGGUUAGGGGAGAUUGGGAGAAGCACAAAGUGAACGGGAAUAUGGAAGGAUAGAGAGAGACACAGCGUCUCUGGGGAAGGCACUUAAAGUUACUUAAAUGGGGGUAAGGCAAGACAAAAUACUGAGAGUUUGGGGAACAGGAUUGUGGAGGUUAAAGGAUGAUGUUGAGCCUUGGGUACAUCUGAGAGAAGUACAGGAUGGUAUUGAGACAUGGGUACAUCUUUCCGUUUGGGCUAAAGCCCCAGGUGUGUUUGGAACUUAGCAACUACCCAGUUUGGAAUGAAUGUAACGCUAAUUUAAUAUUGGAAUGGACAGAGUGCCAGUGUGUUAAUAUAGGAUGUGCUAUAACCCAAGACAGUGCUGGCAAGAUGCUAUGAUAAAUUAACAUUAAGCUGCUACAAAUUUUACAUUUAAUUUGGUGCAUUUUUUAGCAUUUGACAUGCCAGAAUUACAGGAAUAAUAGAUACGGCUAACCGGAUACGACACUUCUAUCACACUACAAUAAGGGAGUUUUUGGAACAGAAACGGGGGUCGUGAAGAGGGUGGAAUCAGAAAAUUGUCUUUUGUUUAAUGAUAUCAUAACUGUUUAGCCCCUUAAAUGGCCUAUCUUUUAUUGCAUGAUUAGGAGACAUUUUGUUAGUAAAUAAUCUUAUAUGAAUAUAAAAUGGCUCAUUCUUUAUGUCCUGACCAUUUUAUUAACAUUUUUCAGGAAAAGAUUCCGUUUGCCGUGGUGGGAACAGACGAAGAACAUCAGAUUAAUGGGAGGAAGAUCUUAGGUCGUAAAACCAAGUGGGGGAUCAUAGAAGGUGAGGUUACCAGGAUUGCGUUUUUACCUUGGGGAUUAUUCACUGAAUAUUACUUAUUGGAGCUUUUGUAACCAACUUGCAAAGCAGAGGCCAAAAUAACCAAGUUGGCAAAACAAUCUACUGCUAUCGAGUGAAGAUUCCUGUCCCCAAAUUAAGAUUAUGGGCUUCCUUUGUCAAUAAACUAGCUUUCAGUAAAUUAUUUAGUAUAUAAGCUGCGUUAUCUGUGUUUGGCAUUCUCUCACGCCUCUACAUCCAACCCUCCAUCCAUUCCAGAGUUAAUCUGCACGUUAGCUAUUAUCUGCAGAAUUUUCCUGCACACAUUAUUUAGGAAUUUGGAUUUUUACCAUAAGUAAAAGGCUUUUCGCGUGCGCUGCACACAUUGCGUUUCUGUUUUUUAUCAUGACACCUGUGGAUUAAUGUUUAGGAGGAUCUUCUGCCAUUCCAUCGUCCAAACCGCCUCACACACCUUUUUCCCAUUUGCUAGCCGGUCCCUGGUCUCGCUGUCUCGUUCUUGACUAUAUUAAGGAGGGGAAGCACGCUGCAUCUGUUCUCCAUCACCGAGAGCUCUCAGUAGGCAGGUCAGGGCUGGAGCAGGCACUAAUGGACGCAUCCCAGCUGUGUUCUGACUUGGCUGCUGUGUGCUGGAAAGAGAUAUCACCUUGUACUGACCGAGACAGGAUCCCAGUUAUUAGAAUUAUCCCUCCCUUCCCAAUCCAAGUCCAAUCCACCUUAAAGGAACACUCCACACUGCAAUUUAUCCAUCAGCCUUUUAUUGCAUUAAAUAUACAAAUAUAGACUGUGAUUAUAAGUAGGGCUUCCGUUUAUUAUUUUUCCAUAUGCUUUUUAAAUGAAUUAAGGUUUUUGGAUAAACCUAAAAUGAUUUAAUGUUUUGAAGAAUGUAUUAAUCUUUUGAUAUGUUUUGUAUACUAAUUUUUUCAUAUGCAUGAUAUUUAUUUUUGUUGAUAUUUUAAUAACUUUAAAAAAAUGAUUUUGAAAGUUUUUUUUUCUCCAAAAAUAUAAAAUAUUUUUAAAAGCUUAUGGAAAAAUAGAAACCCCCCGCCCCCCGCAAAAUAACACUAUAGUGUAUAGAGUACAAAACUUUAUUCCUAACACUACAGUGUCCCUCUGGCCCAUGGCCCUCCCAAAGUUUAAAAAAAACCAAAAAACAUUUACCUGAAUCCAGCAUUGAGGUCAUGGUGAGUGUUGCGCACAUUAGGCCCCUAUAGAAAAGAACUGAAUCAAUGCUUUCCUACUGAGAAUUUCAAGACGCUGGUUGUCAUCACGCACAUAAAUCGACAAUUUCUAAACGCUCUUUGAGAAUUAUUUGUUGAUUUUUAAAAAAUUUUUUUUUUUUUUUUUACAUUUUAAUUACUGUUUACAUUUAAUUUUGGCUGCUCCUUGUAUUUUAGAGAUCCUUUUAUAUUUAAAUGGUGCAGCACCUGUUGCUAUGACAUGGUUAUAGAUAGCUGUAUGACAAUAUUGUCUCGUUUUCUUUUUUUUUUUCUUGUCUCUCAGUUGAGAAUACAACACACUGUGAAUUUGCGGACCUGAGAGAUUUGCUGAUCCGGUGAGUUCUUGCUAUGAGUGGUGAUCAAGAGAUUGUUAUAGAGUGACCUUCCUUCACUCGGAUUCCUGCAAUGCCCUGAGCAGUGCUGUAACAAAUAAUAGCAAUAGAGGGCACCUGUGAGCCACAUCUAAAACUUGUCUAGGUUUUCCAUUUAGGCUUUUGAAAUAUUUUCUGACUACAUUACCCAGAAUUCUGUGUCGGUCAUUAGCUGACAGGUAAUUCUGGUAAUUGGAGCUUGACAGGUGUCCAGGUUUUACAGGUUAUACCCCUCCAUUCUAGCUAUUCCUUCUCCUGACAGGCAGAAUAUCAGCCCAACAGAAAUAUCUGGAGAAGCUCUGAGCACUACAAUAGCUCAUUCUAUUAUUACAUCUCUUUGUAGUGAUUAUAGUAUUUAGAGUGGGCUGUAGUGGUUAUGGUACUUAGAGUGCCUUUUAAUAUUUCGCAAGGAGUCAUAUAACUGUAUUUUGUCGUGUAUUUUAAUUUUACUUGAAUCUUGUAAAUGGGCCUGCCAGUAAAUGUAGUCAUUUUGAUAAAAUGCUGUUGUUCCAGCCAUAGACCGUAAAUAACACAGGUCCAAUGUGCAGUGCCAGUCAUUAUCAGAUGGGCACUUUGUCACUCUGCCAUGGUUUGCUUCUCUAAUGAAAGCAGUAAGGCCCAGGUACGGGGUACAAUAUGCUCAUGUUUAAUAAAGUGUAAGAUUAGUAAGAAAGGUGAAUCUGUCGUAAACAUUUUAUCUCUUCGUAGAUCCAACCUGCAGGAUCUGAAAGAUAUAACCCACAAUAUACACUAUGAGACCUACAGGGUCAGCCGACUGAACGAGAAGAUUCAAUGUAGUCCAUCCUACGUGAAAGACCCAUCUAUCUUGUGAGCCCUCUCCGAAAACCUCAAGAACAUCAAUGUGCCUCCUCAUGGACAAUGCCACUCUAGCAACCAUGCCAACUCCUUACCAGUGUUGUUCACAGAUAAAGCAACACCUUACCACUCUAUCAGCCAUGCCUGCUAUGUGCCAGGGGGUACCACAGAUAAAACAUCACAGGGCAUUUUUUUAGAUCAAACCAACUCUGUGAUAGUGACUUUCAAAGCAAAGACCAACACUAUGCCAGGCUUUGUGACAAUACUAUGCCAUCUCGGCCGUUCACAAAUUCCACCCAAAGAAAAGUCCAUCAUUGACCUUUCCACCCCCACCGACCACUGUACCCAUUGCCAGUCUCUGCUCACAAAACUCACACCACUGGUAACCUACGUAAUUGAGAAUGUAACUUACUAUAAAUGUAUGUGCCACACAAUCAUGCAAUUUACUAGUCCGUGUAUUUCAUAGACUAAUCAUGGCACCACCACUUACCCAUUCUGCCAAAGAGGCUCACCACAUUCCUCCCAAUCUGCCACACUCAAUCUGUCUUAAAAUCCUGCCAACUUGUAUAAAUGGCCACCUGUUCCUCUGUUCUAGUACCCCAUCAUUACCCAUCACUACACAUGCCAUCAACAGCGUUCCCACACUCCAAAGCUCGGCCAAUGUGUUUAAAUGACACCACUAUUCUAAUAAGUCAGUUUUGCAUCUUUGAUGCACUGUAGUUCUAGAAAUUACACAGCCUAGGCUGGUUGCCAAGCUAUGGUUCAGGCUUGCCAUCGCAAAUAUCAAUUAGUAGGCCAAAAUAUAAAUCAGCUAUGAACCCAUAAGUCAUCCAACUAUCAUCAAACAUGUAGUCCGUCCAUGGAAUUGAUAAACAGAUCUUCAGCAAAUCAACAAAUGAUGGUAUGACUGCCGUGUUCAACAGGGGCAAGUUCUUCUAAUAUUGUACUCCAAUUUAUAGUUUACAUUUUUACAAGGCACCACGAAUGUACUCAAACCCUUGCUGAGGAAGAAGACGGGACAGUCCAAAAAUCUAUUAGGUAGUCCUUUAUUUCUCCAGGAGUGGCCUUGAGACUAAGGCAUCCAUCGAUAUAUGAUUCUUCUGAAAAAGAAAACAAGAGACAAUUUGAUGAUGGAACAAAAAAAAGAGAGAAAUGCAUUUAUAUAUAAUUAAGUCACAGAUUUUUUUCAGAUAUUUUUAACGAUGUAUUUACUAAGUGGGACACUUUCACUUCUUCUAUGUUUUUAUGUAUAGCGGUAUCAGAUCCAUAUUUUAUCUGCUUACAAAGAUUUGUGUUAUUUUGUACGAUUGUAACUUUCAUUCCAGAGUCUGGGAUCUCCAUAAAUAAAUACAUUUCAGACCUGACGGGACCGUUUAUUGAUGAAAGAUGAUUUAUAAAUCAUUUGGGUCUAUUCACGAGCUGUUGGGUUCGGCUGCCUUGGGAAACCAACUGGUAAAAAGCC